UGUGACAGCGGAGGAAACCUGAAGAAAGUCUUGCAGCAAUAAUCUUGGGAGUAUUAGCAGAUGGACUUGCCUUUUCAGACUCUCUAUAUUCCAGGACACACUCUGCAUGUGAACUUGUCUUCCACAUAACUGUGAGUUCUUGGGAUUGGUCUAGAACAUACAUUCGGUUUAUAAUAAGAUUUUGGGCAGCUCAGUAGUGCCUUGCCAGUGCUCUGUAUCCCGCAGAUAAAGUGCUUUAGAUGUAGCCAUCACGUCAUAAUUGAAGGUAAAAAGGUAAAGAACCCCUGGACAGUUAAGUCCAGUCAAAGGUAACUAUGAGGUGCGGUGCUCAUCUCACUUUUCAGGCCAAGGGAGCUGGUGUUUGUCCACAGGCAUCUUUCUGGGUCAUGUGGCCAGCAUGGCUAAAUCACUUCUGGUGCAACGGAACACUGUGACGAGUGCCAGAGCACACGGAAACGCUGUUUACCUUUCUGCCGCAGUGGUACCUAUUUAUCUACUCGCGCUGGUAUGCUUUCAAACUGCUAGCUUGGCAGGAGCUGGGACAAAGGAAUGGGAGCUCACCCCGCCAGGCGGAUUCAAACUGCGGACCUUACGAUUGGCAAGCUCAAUAGGCUCUGUGGUUUAGACCACAGCGCCACCUGUGUCCCCUCUGUAAUUGAAGACAUUGGGCCAGCUGCCUUUCAAGGAAACCAUUGUGAUCUCAUUGAGGAAUCCUUGAUAAGCUUCCACAGAAUCCAUUUCUGUACCACUUUGAAAGCUACUGGAGUAAAGUAGGAGCGGACUGUUCAAAAUGCAACAGACUAAAGAUGUUGCAAAUGUUGGAAAGGGGAUAUCGAAAAUGCAGCUAUAUUCUUACAAUAUAUGGUACGAAGCAGCUCUAAGUAGGUAGUAUUUCUGGAGUUAAGAGACUGAGACUGCAAUUCUUUAUUCACUUAUCUGGCAUGAAUAUACAUUGAACUCAAUGAAGCUUACUUCUGAAUAGACAUGCAUAGGAUUACGUUGCCAGAAUUAAAAAGGAGAAGAAGACGGUUAUGCUUUGCCUUCAGAAAAAGUGGGAAAUUGCCUACUUCCUUCAGCAACUUUCUGAGCUACAAACAAGGUAGACAGGUAGAUAAUUUCUCAAAAUAGAGAAAUGUGGGGAGAUUCCACUUCCUGUAUCAUGCCAGGUAGUUAAAAUGCGCGUUCUCUGCAAUAACUACCCUUUGGAGCCAGGCCAAUGUUAAUAAUCUGGGGCUUCUGUCAGCUGUUCUGGUCCUAUCUAAUUCCUGUCACUUGCUUUUGAUGAGCCAAAACUCCAUUUAUCCCCGUUCACCAUGCUGACUAGCAAUGACGAGAGUUGGGAGUCCGCAGUUGGUGGGCACUAAGCUAGUUACCCCCUGCAGUAUUCGUUAUAAAAACAAAAGUAGUUAAAGAGGUUUUUCCUAACAGCAACAAGUAUUUGAGGUAAUUUUUUAUUAUUAUUAUUAUUAUUAUUAUUAUUAUUAUUAUUACCAUUUUAUUUAUACCCCGCCCAUCUAACUGAGUUGCCCCAGCCACUCUGGGCGGCUUCCAACACAUAUAAAAACGUAAUAAAAUAUCAGACAUUAAAAACUUCCCAAUACAGAGCUGCCUUCAGAUGUCUUCUAAAAGCUGUGUCGUUCAUUAUCUCCUUGACAUCUGAUGGGAGGGCGCUCCACGGGGAAGGCGCCACUGCCGAGUAGGUCCUCUUGCCUAGUUAUAAUAAUAAUUAUUUAUUAUUUAUACCCUGCCCAUCUGGCUGGGUUUCCCCAGCCAUUCUGGGUGACUCCCAACAGAAUAUUAAAAGCACAAUAAAACGUCAAACAUUAAAAACUUCCCUAAACAGGGCUACCUUCAGAUGUCUUCAAAAAGUCAGACAGUUGUUUAUUUCCUUGACAUCUGAUGGGAGAGCGUUCCACAUGGCAGGAGCCACUACCGAGAAGGCCCUCUGCUUGGUUCCCCGCAACCUCACUUCUUGCAGUGGGGGAACCGCCAGAAGGCCCUCGGAGCUGGACAUCCGUGUCUGGGCUGAACAAUGGGCGUGGAGACACUCCUUUAGGUAUACAGAGCCGAGGCUGUUUUAGGGCUUUAAAGGUCAGCACCAACACUUUGAAUUGUGCUCUGAAAUGUAAUAAAUUUAGCACUACUGCUCCUGGGAUAGAUCAUACACGACGCCUCUUUACUGCACUCCCCUUGGUGCUCCACAAUUGCACAUUUGUCACCUACGCUGGCUGGUUCCUUCAAAGCAGACAUUGACACUCGAUUUCUGAUUCUUGUCUGCCAAACAGAGCUUGUAAUCAUGUCUUCCUCCACCCCCUUCUCUUUGAAAUGCAAUACUUUUCUAAUCAAAAGACUUGUUCACUUUUCUUUUCUUUUUUAAUCUCUCUGGCUGAGAGACAAGAGGAAGAAAAUAACACAGCGAGUGUAAAGUAAGCGAGGCAUUUGAAAUACGCUCAAAACAUGCAAACAAAUAACACUUCAUGACUGAUUGGCUUAAAGACCUUGACAACUGCUGGGACUUUCCCCCCCUGCAACAUCCUUUUUUUAAAAAAAAGAAAUAAAAAGAUAAUGCAAUUUGAAGCCAGAGCUUAAGAAAGUGCAUUAACGCUAGAAACUAUUUGGAUGGCAUAAUUUAGUCCUGGAGGGCAUGAAGUAGAAAUUAAAGGAGAGUGUACUUUUGAGCAUGUGAGGUGUUUCAGACAGGUCUUCCUAGCCCUACUUGGAAAUGCUGAGGAAAUGCGACCUUAUGAAUUAAAAGCGGGUGCACUACUGUGAACACCUUUUUCUGUUAUUCGCAUGAGCUUGAAUUUUAGCAGUUCUCGCUUGGGUAGUGAUGGGAUAACUCCUCUAAGUCUGUUCCGGAAUUAAUGUGGGGUUGGGGAUGACUAAGAUAGUACUACUCUCUUGGCCGUGGUCCAGCGGCCCACCCAUCCCAUCAGAUGUCUAUAUGCAGGGAGAAGGCUCAAACUGUGGUCAGAGGAGUUCAGAGUCAUUCACACCAUUAUGCCCUGAAUGAUACCAUUUCGUGUUUGAAGGGGUCUAGAGGCCUAGUGGAAAGCCUAUUUUAGGAUGUACUAAGUGGUCUGAAUGCCUCUAAAACAAAAACAAGUGUGAGAUCACGGUGGCCAUUUUGGGUGCUGCAAUCUUGCACGGCGGGCUCUCGCUUUUUGAGGGCCAUGAUCUCGUGUGGCACCCCAAAACACACCUCCCCAAAAAGUGCUUUUUCAGGAUGAGGGUGAGGCCUGGGUCACAUGACAUGGCUGGGAGUGUGUCCCUGUUUUGGGUCUGAAAAGUUUGGAUGGUGUGAAGAAAACCAGAUACCAAAAUGAGCCCCAAAUACCCUCAAGCGACCUGCCUGGGUGUUAAAAUUGUCAGAUGAUGCCCUGUUUGCAGUACAGUCAUACCUCGGAAGUCAAACGGAAUCCGUUCUGGAAGUCCGUUCGACUUCCAAAACGUUUGGAAACCAAGGCGUGGCUUCCGAUUGGCUGCAGGGAUCCCCUGCAGCCAAUCGGAAGCAGCAAAACACGCGUCGGCCAUUCAGGUUCCAAAGUGUGUUUGCAAACUGGAACACUCACUUCUGGGUUUGCGGCAUUCAGGAGCCAAAACGUUUGACUCGUAAGGCAUUCGACUUCUGAGGUAUUACUGUACUACCAUUCUACGUGAUCCUAAAGGUUGUGGUAGUUCAUGAGAGGGCCUUCUCUGUGGUUGUGACCUUUCCUGCAAGGUGUAUUUUACCCCACCAUUGUAUGCUUUUUGGCAAGUGGUAAAAACAAACGUACUCAGGCCUUUGGAUAUCUAUCCUUCUGUAUUACUCUUCUGGACUUGUGCUUUGUUAACUCUGUUAUUGGUUAGUUUUGUGGGUUUAUUUUAUGUAUUUAAUGAUAAUUUGUAUAAAAUUUUUGUAACCCACCAUGGGAUUAUUUAGGGAAUUGGGGGCACUAUAUAUACAAAUAAUAAAUCAGCAAUAAAACAGUUUGCAGAGCUCCAAUUCGUGAAAAAAACAACACUUAUAUUAGGUAGAAGUAAGCACUGCUUGUUUGCCUCAAGUUGUAUGUUAGGGAUAUUCUUUGAGUCAUCUAGAAUCACAGGGUAGCCACCAAACAAAUAAUAACAUAUCAUGCCUAAAAGAACUGGGGGGCAGGAUAAGAAUUGCAACAUGAUCAGUGUCUCCCCUUUCUGUAAAAGCUGGGAUAUUUCAUCAUCCUCUAAGUGCUUUGAUCCACACCAAGCCUAGCAAACAAAAGGUUGUUUUUUGGUGCAUGUAAGUGUGCAAUUUGCUCUUCUAUUUCUAUUAAAUAUGGAUGGCUAACCCUCAGUUUGGGGGCCUGAUCUAACCCUCAGAGGUUUCUGCUGUUCCAAUCAAUAGUGUUCUGUAUCCACGAUUUCUGUUGCUUGCACAGUGGCUUGGCAUAUUGGAGCUGGGAAGCUCAGUGCUAAUUGCAGACUGUCUAGGCUCCAGUCCUGUGCCCAUUAAUUUGGGAGUAAGGGCCAUUGUUGAGAAGACGCAUACAGGACUGUGUUGUUACUCCCUGUGGUUCAACCCCUCAUGCUAGGGAAUGUCUGGAGGAGUCAAUUUACUAUGUAGGUGGAUACAUUCGAUUGGCAAAAGGGUUUCAAAUUUGUGAGCUUGUGCAAAAUGUGCUAUACAUUCAGCCUCAUUUGAUUUUGUUUACUUUGAGCAUCAUGUGCAAAGGUUAGUGCAGCCAGCUGCCAAUUAAUCCCCAACCCAUCCACCCACCCGGGAAUUAAACUGAAUAGAAUCAGACCAGGGGAUCUAGGAUACUCAUUUGCACUGAUAGUACUGUAGCAUCAUGAAUUGAGCAUGGGAGAUUAAAGCAGUGACUGUCUGGUGGGUGUAUCUGCAGUGCUGGUGCCUGAGAAUUCUGGAAUGGAAACUGUAUUGCAUGCUGAUGAAAAAUGCUGUUCUCAGAAAAGCAUGCCCUUAGGCAUGUUUUGUUUGAAAAUAUGUCAUUAUACUUCAUGUAAUUCCAUAUCAGUAUGGGAACAGUGACAUUUACUGUAUCUGCAGGCUGGAGCUCGAGUAUUUCCUGUGCCUUACCCCCCCCCCCCCUUUUAACAGUAAUCAAUCAUUGCUCAUUUCAGAAAUUUCAAAGUAUGAGCUCAGGAGUCUAUGACACGAGCACUUAAUGGUUUGACAUGCACAUCUGUCUCAAGCAAUAAACUUUAGAAAGUCUUCUGAAAAGUUUUGCUUAUGUAUGACCCAUCCACUCCAAACAUUAAAGUAUGUUGCUUGAGACAUUUUUUUUUUAAGGAGCUUAAAAGUAGACAAGAUGGAAAAACAUUUUCCGUUGUGAAUUGUAAUAAUGUGUGAAUUGUAAUAAUGUGAGAGCCAGUGUGGUGUAGUGGUUAAGAGCGGUAGUCUCGUAAUCUGGGGAACCGGGUUUGCGUCUCCGCUCCUCCACAUGCAGCUGCUGGGUGACCUUGGGCCAGUCACACUUCUUUGAAGUCUCUCAGCCCCACUCACCUCACAGAGUGUUUGUUGUGGGGGAGGAAGGGAAAGGAGAAUGUUAGCCGCUUUGAGACUCCUUAAAGGGAGUGAAGGUGGGAUAUCAAAUCCAAACUCUUCUUCUUCUUCUUCUAAUGUGAUGUAUAAAUACUGCAUAAAUUCAUAACAGUUAACCCUUCUUAUGUCAUCAGGAACUUCUAAAAAAUCUAUGUCACUGAUAGUGCAGUUAAUAAAUCUUUGAAUUGACUUGUAAACAUUAAACCAGAAAGCAGAAUUGUUACUUUUUAAAAGAUACUGUUAUGAACAUUUUCUUCCUGCUUAAUCAGGACUUCAGCCCUUUAUAGCCUUUUAGAAUACUGUACCACAAUACGAAAGAGAGAAAUGAAAAACGACGCUUAUAAUUGUUUUAAAUCAAUCUCUCUCCCUUUUUCCAGUUCAGUAGUUUUAAUCAUUCUUCGAGUCAUAAAAAUGUUAGCUUGGAAGUAAGUUUCAUCUGUGGCCAAGUAGCUAUGGAUUCUAACUUGGUGCUUAAAUAUCUGGCUGAAAUGUAUUUUACCUAAUAAAAAUUAUUUGAAUCACAAUUGGUAACCCAGUCCAUUUUUAUUUAAGUAGCUGAGGGAAAACUGCAUAACGAUUUAAUAUCAGCAGGAACAGAAUACUGCAUGUUUUCCUUCUCACAGUAAAGUUAGAAAGACUCUAAACCAUUUUCUGCUGCUGCUGCUGCUUCUUUAGUGAUCACUUGUAGCCAAAUAAGAUUGUUUUCCAUAAACACGGUUUUAACAGUGAGUCCGUAAGUGACUGUGGGGGCCAGUUCUGGAUCCGCACAUCCUUCCACAGUGGGGACAUUGGUUUCCGGAUGGGAGCUGAUCACGGUGAGGGUUUGCCAAGCGUGCCUUCCUCUUAGCCCGUUUCUCCCUUUCGUCCUGAGUUUGAGUGUCUUCAAAGCCUAUGGCACCUUUGGUAAAGGCUGUUCUCCAACUGGAGCCCUCGCAGGCCAGUGUUUCCCAAUUGUCAGUGUUUAUACUACAUUUUUAAAGAUUUGCCUUGAGAGAAUCUUUAAACCUCUUUUGUUGACCAUCAGCAUUACGCUUUCCAUUUUUAAGUUCGGAAUAGAGUAGUUGCUUUGGAAAACGAUAAUCUGGCAUCUGCAGAUGACCAGUUCAACAAAGUUGAUAUUGAAGAAACAUUGCUUCAACACUGGUGAUCUUUGCUUCUUCUGGUACACUGGCAUUAGUUCACCUGUCUUCCCAAGUGAUGUGUAACAUUUUUCGGAGACACCGUUGAUGGAAUAUUUCGAGGAAUAAUACUUUAAAUAUGAAGUGUGUCUGCAUCCUGGAGCUCUGGUUUCCUGGAACAUCUCCGGGCUCCCCUGUGACAGCUGCCCCAUGGCUCAACCCCGUGUCCUGAUAGGUGUUUUGUUAACUUUAAUUCUUUGGAAUAGUAUAAACAAGUCUAGCGACGGAGGGGCAGGACUUACAGGCAGGGAUGUUCAUUUGCUUGUAAAGGCGGGCUCCUUGCCUCCCCUCUUAUGUGUCAUUAGGUAAUUCCUCUUGUUCUCGACUUCAGAUAUCAACUGUUAUAAAUUGGGAAUAAUGGCGAUCCACCUCAGAGGCUUGUUGAGAGGGCAAACGCAGAGUAGACGGUAAAGCACCUUUCCAGUUGAAAUGCUAUAUAAAAUAAGCAGUAGCAUCAGCACUCCAAACACAAUAGAGAUGAUGAAGCUCCUUUCAGUAUGAAAUGUUAUAUGAAAUUAGCUGUAGUCUCUUCAAAUGCCAACCAGCAAAGUCUUUGUGCUUACUGUAACUUCACCUCUUCCCCAUUAUGCUCCUUCCUGAAUGUUCUUAUCCCUGCGUCACUUUUUUCUUCCUUUCAUUUUUCUUCCCCAUAUUUCUGCCUGCCCCCCUCUUAAAUAAUACUAUGCUUCUACCACUCCCCCCCCUUCUUUUUCAAAGAGGAAAAGUAUGUCAGCCAUGGGCCUGGAUCAGGCAUACAUAUCUGGGCUGAAUAGUCUUUUCUCCCUAGCAUGCCCAGAGGUCAGAAAAAACCAGUAUCUUAAAUCACUGUUUAAAGUUAGGUUAGGAUCCUGGCUUGUUCCAAACUUGAUAACCAUAGUUUCCAGUUUAAAUGUGCAAGGAAACUAUGGAUAAUUUUAAAAAAAUCCCUGGUUUGUUGUAACAUACUGAGCAUAGCUGUCAGCUUACAGAUUUGAAAAUAAGGGAUCAGCAGCCUCGAAAAUAAGGGAUCAGCAGCCAAAAUAAGGGAUUUUCAGAGCACAGGUAUGUUCAGCUUCUGAGCCCCUCCAAGCCAAAGGCACAAAGCCCAGCCAGCAGCCAAACGAAGCCUCAAGCGGUGGUUCCCACAGCGCAGCAACCUGGCAAAGGGGAUGCAGCAAGGAAAACCACCAUCACCUCUCCGCUGGGAAGUGCUGAGCAAAGCCGAGUCCUCAGGCAACGCAGCCGAUUUGAUCGGCACAAGGCAUGCAAGCUCCACCCCCCAGUCGUUCUUAGACUCCUUAUUGGGUGAGCAACACAACCAUGCAACACAGUUGGAACCUCCCUCCUCCCUGGCCAGCAGGGAGGGAGGGAGAGGAGCUGCUUCCUUUCAAACCCGGAUAAUUUAAGGGACAGCAGCGGGAAACGGCGCUGGGAUAAGGGACUUUCCCACCAAAUAAGGGACAGUUGACAGCUAUGAUACUGAGUGGAGAGAUACAGUGCAAGAAUGGCCUACGUGGACCAUAUCUCAGCUUAUACGUCAGAGCUGAGCCUGAAAGUGCUUGUAUUGAGAUCCUCUUCCAAAUACCACUAGGUUGGUGGCCUGGAGGAGACGUACAAUAACACAGCCCCACCUGCAGACAGAGCUACCUUUUGCAGCUUAGCUCCUUGAGGUUUAACUGGCAUCCCUUCAUUUUAGGAAAGGGGGCAGGGGAAGAAAGUAAUCGCCUAGGCAGCAGCCCUAAUAAUAUCAUUAUUUCUAGUAACUGAAUUGCCAUCUUUCUGAACCCUUACAUGUCGGGAUUUGUAUCCCAUCCCAAGAAAUUCUUAGACUCAGACAUGGAGAGCUCACCCCAAAAUUACUUAUUUGAAUUGAAGGUGUGUUUUAACAUCAAAAACCUGAAGAUGAAGCAUUAGAAAUUGGAAGACUUUUAAAUGUUGCAUUAAUUGCAUUUGAGACAGACUUUUUGUACUAUAAUAGUAAACAAAUUGGUGGCAGCGAAGAAAAUGAUACCAGAAGUGAAGUUGUUUUGUCGUGUAUUUUUGGAAGCAACAUUGUUAACAAGUUUUACCAUCACAAACCCAUAUAUAUAUAUAAUUUUGAAAGCUGCUGUUCUCUCAAGGUCUCUGCAUGGUAUAGGAAGACUCUGACAUAAGAGCAGCAUGCAGUGUGUUAGCAAUAGUAAUGGGAGAUUCAAAUUCCUUUGUGGCCAUGAUGAAGCUCACUUGCUUAGUUUUGGGUGUUGCUGUAUUUCUGUUUAAGUCUACCUUGUAUAGAAUUAUUGGGAGGACAAAACAAGAGAAGUAAGUUUUAAACUGUUCUGUUUGGAUAGAACAGUAAUAAAAUACAAGGCUAAGUUCAUAAUCGGGACUUGUGUUUGGGGGAUAUGGAAGGCAGAGAUAAAGUUACCAUCCAGCUUAGUUUUUGAAAGUAUGCAAUUCAAGUUAAAGUUUGUAGAUUAUUUCCCUUUCCCACCAACCCCACUACGGAUCUUUUGCUUAAAGUAGCCUUAAUCGUUUGCUUUCCCUAGCCUUUGUUCAGCAUCCUCUUUUGCACCUUCUAGAACCAUGUGUAGGUGUGCAUAAUGAAGACUAAAGGUCCUGCAAAGAAAAUUGCCUCUUUUGCACAGGGUUCUGAAAGAAAAAGACUGAAAAAAGGUAUGUUUCCAGAGAAAUGUCUGCUAGAACAACUCUUGACUAAAACCAUUGUGAAAAUGAGGGAAGAAUUGUUAUGAUUUGAGUGGGCCUCCUCUUUGCGCCAUUUCUAUGCUCAUGAUUUAUAGACAUGCUGCAUGGUUGCAAAGAAUUCUAACCAGGUAGGAGCCACGACUAAAUCCCAGUGGCUUGUGUUAGGCUGCAUAUACAACUGCAUCACAUGCAGAAGAAAGCCUUCUUGAUCAGAUGCUGGCUUAAAGUACUGAAAUCUCUCAGCCAUGUGUGAAACUGUGCCAGAAAAGAGAAAAUGUAUGCAUUAAUACUACUUUAUUUUCCUUGAGAAGGCCAAAUAAAAUAUCCCAGCUGGUGUUCGUUGGCUUGUCAUCAGCAAUUUAGCCUUAUUAUAUGUUGUUUUUUGUUUAUUAAGUUAUACAAAAGAAAACAGUGUUAAAAGUCUAAGAAUUUCAGGUUUUUCAUAAUGCUUUAUGCAUCACCAAGCAAUGAAACUGAUAUUUAUCUUUAGUUUUGGCAAGCUUCCUCAUAGAUCAGAGGUGGCAGUAAAACUUUAAAUAAGAAUUCAAAUAAAAGUUGCUGAUUAUAUGUCUGGUGGCCGUCGCGCAAUUGCAUUUGAAGUGUCUAGGACCAACAGCGAUGGGCUCAUGACCUCCUGAUUUUCUUGUGGAGUGUUAAGUUGUGGGUGAACAUAUCAGACGACACAGCAAUUCUUCAAACAGCUCUUGUUUAUUCACAGGCCAGAACAGAACUGAACUGAAGGGUUCAGCCAGCCUGCUUAUAUAGAGCUCCACUAGAACGCAACAGUAACCAUUUUCUGUAACUAUCCAAUCACUGAACGUCACUUUCUAUCCCUUAUUUGCAUAUGUGGACCUAAACUAUCUACAGUAUCCCCCUGCUGGCCCAGGGUGAGAACUACAGAACAUAACAUGGAGUGUUGUUUUUUUUAAUGACUAGGGUCCGAUAUGGUUUCUCUUUGUGGAGCUAUGCAGUUGUAGCAGCCCCACCAAAAACAUGAUAUAUAUAUAAUCAAAGCUACAGUAGUAAGCAUCUGUUUUUCACUGAUAUAUUAUUAUUUACUUAGUCGUCUGAAAGUUCACUAGAGUGCAAGGUCUGAAACAUUAAUACAACAGACUGUGUGACAUAAGCAUCACUAUUAGAUAUUAGUGACUAUUCUAAAUCCUGUAUUAUUGCAAUUGAGAUACUAAAGCUUUUAUUACAAUGUUUGUCUGAAGGCACACUAAUGCGAGUAAGGAAAAGAGGAUUAGAAGAGAAUAUUAAACUUUGAAAUAAUAUUUUCCAGAAUUAACUCCAAAGCAAGUAUCUGAUUAAUCUUAUAUUGCAUUAUGAGCCACCAGCAACCUGUUGAACAAGAGAAGGACUAAAAGGUACAAAGAGAAAAGGAACUGGGCUGAUAUUUAAAAUAUUUGGUACAAUUUAUGUGUACUUAGCAGUUUUAUUCUAGAGAACACCAGCGCUAGCAGUGCAGUCCUCUGUAUGUUUCUUUGGAUGCAAGUCCCACUGUGUUCAGCGGAGCUAACUGCCUAGUAUGUGUGCUAGGAAUGAUGCUUAGAUUUCUAUAAGGUAAAAAAAAUGAGGUGUCUUUGGCCACACGACCCUGAAUCUUUGUUCCUUGAGCCUUAGUGUUGAAGUGAGGACACUCUGUUCAUGCACAGAGGUUAUGAGCAGUUCCCUGGGUUUUUUGGGGAGGACAGAGGGGGAGAAAUCCCAGGGUUGCACCGUGUUCAAAAUUAAGUUUUCAGCCAAUCUUGGUUAGUCCAGACUUAAGAAACAGCAGUACCCGACUGUUUAAAAUACUGUGAAUUCAGGGCAUACAGAGUUGAAUCAACAUUAACAGGUUAAUAUAAAUAGGUUAAGAAUGAAGAAGAGUGGUGAUGCACAGGUCAAGGUAAGUUUCACUUCCGUUUUUUCAACCCGCGCUCUGUUGUGAGCGAACAAACUUGCGCCACAGCAUGGAACCCAAAAACACGCGUCUUUCGGUCUGGCGGUUUGGCACAGCCAGAGCAUAGGAUCCAACAUGGGACGUCUGGGAUGGGGAUCAGAAGCUGGGGUGCCUUCUGUCAAUCCAGAAUGUCCCACUUAAAAAGGGGCCCCUGGAAUAUAUGCAAGUUCAAUCCCUGCCAUCUUCAGAUAGGGCUGGUAAUGAACCCUGGAGAGCUGCUGCCACCGGUCAGUGUAGACCACAGCUUUCCAAACUUUUCAUGUUGGUGACACACGUUUUAGACAUGCGUCAUUUAGUGACAUAGUAAUUCAGUUUUACUAGCAAACCGGACAUACUAACCCAGGCAUAGGCAAGCUCUGGCCCUCCGGAUACCCUGGAGAGUUGCUGCAGUCAGUGUAGACCAGGCAUGUCCAAACUUGGCCCUCCAGAUGUUUUGGGACUACAAUUCCCAUCAUCCCUGACCACUGGUCCUGUUAGCUAGAGAUGAUGAGAGUUGUAGUCCCAAACAUCUGGAGGGCUGGAGUUUGCCUGUGCCUGAACUAAAUCCUUCUUUCCAGCCCCGGGAGGAGCGCGGGGAGUGUUUGCAUGACACAACUACACACUGAAGCCGACACACUAAUGUGUCGCGACACACAGUUUGGAAAGCUCUGGUGUAGACAGUAGCGAGCUGGAUAGAGCAAGGGCCUGACUUGCUAUACUGCAGCUUCUUAAUCUUCUGAUUCCCAUUUUACAGAUGGGAAGUAGAGGUUGACAAUGACUUGCCCAGUGCGUGCUGUAUACAGUGGUACCUCGGGUUAAGUACUUAAUUCUUUCCCAAGGUCCGUACUUAACCUGAAACUGUUCUUAACCUGAAGCACCACUUUAGCUAAUGGGGCCUCCUGCUGCUGCUGCGACGCUGGAGCACAAUUUCUGUUCUUAACCUGAAGCAAAGUUCUUAACCCGAGGUACUAUUUCUGGGUUAGCGGAGUCUGUAACCUGAAGCUUAUGUAACCUGAAGCGUAUGUAACCUGAGGUACCACUGUAUAUGGCAGAUGUGUGUUCCAUAACCUAACCCAACUCUCCAUUACUGCACCACAGUAGUACUCUGUAAGCAAAAUUUUUUAUCUUCCAUUUAGAAGACUUAGCAGAAUUUGUUAGAAUUAAUGACUAAAACUUUGUAACUGCUGGUAUGUAACUUUUGGAAUGAUGAUUUCCAGCGCUCUCGUGGCUGGAAACCUUAGAAAUUUUGUCUUGGAAAGCAAUUUCGUUUGUUGCUCUCAGCUGCGGUUACCUCUGUUGAUGCAGAGUAAUGUAGCAAGAGCAAAUAUUUGUAUAGCAAAGAAAAGAAACCUUUAUUCUAAUCAUGCUGAGAGCAGAUAUAAAAUGAGUUAUUGCAUAUGGAGUGUGAAACUUUGUAAGGGGCUAUAAUAUCUUAUUUCUAAUGGCCACGUCUUGCACCCAGUCACAGAGGUGCACAUAACUUUCUGAGACCACAGAUUUAUUUAUCCUGUCAAAAUGUUUUAAAACUCCUCAUUUUUGCUGUUUAUUAUGUUUCUUUAAAUACGGUGUCUGGAGUCAAACACAAAAUCCAUCCCAAGCUAUGCACACUCAUUUGUGCAGGUGUGAUUAAUGCAGUUCGUAAAAACGCUGCUAUAGGCCGUUUCUGACGUUGAAUGGUUCAUUCAUUACCAAUAACUCCUUUUCCCAGCAGCCAUUUCUGGUUGUAAUAUACCAUAGAAUACUCCUGCAGUCAUGCACAGUUACACAUGAUGUCAGAGCAGAGGAACGUGCUGCUUUGAGCGGCAGUUUUUCAAUUCAUCUGCUCCUCUAAAUUGAAUGAAGUAGGCUGAGAGAAAUCAGUUCCAUAGGAGAUCAGAAAAUGGCUUAACAGUUUCUUGCUUGUACUCCCAAAUUAAUAGUCUCGCUGUGCCAAUUCACUUGUGUUGCCUUUCAACCACGGAGUGCUUAAUAACACUACUGUUAACAUUUCAAAUACAUGUGGACAAAUAUCUGGUGGGUUGUGUGAUAGGGGAUUUUCUUUUCUAUAGAGAAGUUGGGGUACAGAAGUUGGGGUAAAGGAUUAGACGAUAGUUCCUCUCCUGUAGACAUAAUUACCUGUGGCAGCUUUGGGGCAGAUGGCCAAGUGUCUUAAAGGCACACAGAUGGCUUUAUCAGGAGGAAGAAGCCCCAAUGGCGUAUAUAUACCAUAAUUUACAUCCAUGCCUGAUUCUUAUAGCUAUUGGAUCCUAAUAUGAUUGUGUCUUUCGGUUUUUAAAACAGGAGAUUGUUUGUUUUGUGGUUGGUUGGUGGCCUGCUUCGGACUCCAAAAUUUGGCAAAUAUCCAGAUACAUUUGAUCAAUGCAACUUGCAGUGGAAUCGUAGGGAUGAUUGUUGGUCGCAAAAUUCAGCACUUGGAUUUUAGGAGUCAGGAUUCCAUGUUGAUAAUAAUAACUCGUGCAAUUUCAAGAUUUCAUGUUGAUGGAACAGUUCUUGCCAGAGAACGGUUUACUUGGAAAGGAAUUCACUUGAAACUCUUGUACCACAAUGAUACAUUUGCAUUACUCCUAUUCGUUGCAGCAUAACUUUCUGGUGGAUUGGUCUCAUAGUUUUUUAUUCGAAAAUUUAGCUCAUCUCCUCGGCUAGCAGAACUCUCACACUCACAUGGUGUUGCUCCCUGAAGAAGGGCUGAAUUACAGUUGCAUGUUGAGCACUUGCAGUCCUAACCUCCUGUUCAGAGUGCUAUAGGUAAUUGACAGAAUCACUGUCAACCUGGUGGGAAGGCUCCUCCUCCGCUGUUGAGGCUUUGCCAAGCCAUGCAGGGAGAUCCCAUCUGUGGAAAUCCAUGAAGUGGGGUGUGGUGGGUUUCUGCUGGCUUUCGAUCUGCUGGAUCCAUAGCCCCAGGGAUCUCCCAAAGGGCCUGAUAAAAUAAAGCCCACCUUCUGUGCCGGUUGUUAUAACUGGCAGGGCUUCUGAUGCAACAGUGGACUCACCACUCUGCUCCCAGACGGGUUAGAAUUGCUGUGUCCCUCUCUCAUCCUCCGAUUACUCACACUGACUCACAGGCUGUGAACUGGCCCCACUGGGGGCGGGGGGGAGUCUGCGAUGAUAUGAAACCUCUCUGUGGUUUUUGAUACAUGUAGAUCAUUAUCGGAUGAUGCGGUCUGCAAGUGAUGAACACUUACAUGUGAACAGGGAUUUUAGAAAUAAAAUAGUUUUGUAUCCAUUCCCCCUGAGACAGGAGGAAGCUGACAGGCAGAAUCACCCCAUGGGCUAGUUUUUAAGCACGAAAGCAGCCAGGUGUGGGCUGGCCAGGGUUGUUGGGGCAGCACCCCAUUCACCCCAAUGGACCACCCUCCACUGGCUUGAGGGAUUUGUUUUGGGUUUGCCUUGAGGUUUCUGCUAUGUUAGGUUUGAGGUAUGUUAGGUACUUUUUGGAUUGUGCUUUUAUAAACCAGAUCCUGGUUCGUAACUGAAUGCUUUUUUAUAACUAUUUGCUAAAAGUCAUUUCAAAAGAAAAAUUAAUGCUAUGUCGAAUAGUAACAAAAACAAAACAAAGCAGUACCAUGGAGCGAAGGUUCAAUCCAAAUGGCAGUAUUGAACUGCAUAGUGCUAGCAAUGUAUUAGAGAACUGAGAGUGAAUUAUGCUGCUUGCGCAUGAAUGUUGGCUGCGAAUUGUUCCUUUAUAUGGCACCGAAACGGAGAGGUGACAUUUUGUAACACUCAGUCUGUGCAAACCUGAAGCGUAUAUCGUGUUGAUUUCUAGCUUGUUUCAUAAUUUCUGUCUGCUUUCCCUUCUGUUCUUUCAGUUUUCUAUUUUUUAUCAGCUUUCUCAAAUCAGUUGCUUUUAGAUGAUCUGCACACCUACAUGAGAUGGGCAAACACAGAUCAGCUGUUGCAUGAAUAAGCGCUUAAAAGGAAGGCAGAAAAUUUACUUAAAUGCUCUAUUUUGCACUGGAGGCAUUUGCCUUCUGCGUGGUACAGCGCCAAAAUGUGUGCCCAGGCAUGUGCCUCAAUGUCACAGAAUAACGCCUUUGUAACAAUCUCUCAUCUCUGCCUGAACUCAUUAGUGAAAUACACCUCUUCCUCUCUUAACUUGUGCAAGGAUGUCCAGGUGUAAUUGUAUCAUGUAAAUUUUAUUUUUCUUCUAAGAUCAGUUGCGUUCUCAAAAAGCAGUGGCAGAGAGCAACUCCUGGCAGUCUCUAGUUCAAAGAAAGGGUUCUAAUUAUAUGAUGGGGAAGUAUUAAAAGCCACAUAACAGCUGCAGUGCAGUGUGUCGUCUGCGCUUUGAAGAGAAACUUCAUUUGCUUUAUGCUGGAAAGGUUCUUUAAUUCCUCAUACCACAAUAACUUUUUCCACCUAGGUUGCAGAGUUUUCCCAUCAAGUUUGAAUUCCCAACACCAUGGGAAUGUCUGGCCACAGAAUUCACAACCCCUGCUAACCCUGAGACGAACUUCCAAUUGAAAAGCUGCAAUAUCCUUCCUCCCUUUCUCUUGAGGGAAGAAAAGGGCCUAUUUAACAUAACAGUGCCUAACGUAGAACAUCAACUUGAACCGUCCUGACCUCAUAGCUGUGUGUCUUUAUAUGCUUUUUCUUAGCAAUGGAGAACCUUGACAAUACAAAGUCCUGAAAGAGAGGAAAGUUUGAAAAGGAUAAAGACUCUUCUUCCACUCAGCUCCCCUCCUGUAAUAAAUAGGAGGCCUAGUUUAGAGACAUUAAAAGUGCCUUCUGUUGCAAAACAAUGGGAGUUGUGACACAGGGGCUGCAGUCAGCCACUUGAAUAGGAUCAAAGGAGGAUGAAAGCUCCUUCAGCAGCACAGUAUUUUCACUAGAGAAUAUCCUUUGUUUUAAUGCAGGCUGAGAAUCACGCAGUCAAUUCUUGGGAGUCUUAAGGAAGCAUGACUGCCACACUGCCACUUAUUUAGGAUACCAGAAUUGUCAUAAAAAACCCAACUCCUAAUAAUAGUUAACAUUUAUAUUCCUUUCUUUAAGUUAUGUGCUUCAUUGGCAUAACCCUUUAAACAUCCCUGAGACACACAAUGGUUUAAUCCCUAAACUGCAACUUGAGACAAUGGCUUGCAUAAAGCUACCUUGGUGACUGAAAUUCUGGACUAAAAUUUGAACCAGGGAAUUUUUUAUUCAUAGCUGUGCCUAUUAACCUGCUCUUGUCUGAAAUUCAGAAAAGAACCUUCAUGGGGACUGUGCUAAAUAUGUUAACUGUUCUGAGAUACACAGUAUUCUGUCUUGAUAAGACUAGAUUAGAUUUCCUUCAGACUUGUUUUAGCCCUUGAAUUCUGCCAUUUGUAUAACUUCUACAAAUGAGUCAAAAACCCACUGUGAUAAAAUGUCUUAAACUUGCAGAGCACUGUGGACACAUGCCUCAUGUGGAAUAGUAAAGAUUUGCACUGGCCCUUCAGUUCCAUAAAUGUAUGCGUGUGUGUGUGUGUGUGUGUGUGCUUGUGUGUAUACCCUUGUUUGAAAGUUUGAAGCUGAUUGUCACUUGUCAAUAUAAUUUUUUUUCCAGCAUGAGUUGAUUUGGCUGUGGUUUGCAGAGCAGCAUGCAAAAUGUGCUUAAAGAGGGACAUUAUGCUGUGUUGCCCUGAAAAAUUGACAUUAUGCCAUAAAUAUCCUAGGUGUGAUAUCUGUUGUUGAGGAAAACAAUUUACCUACUGAUAAGUGUUCCUACGUUGCAUAGUUUUCGACACAUUAUCAUUGACCUUAGAGUUGUUUGUUUCUAUCCUACCUUGAGAGACGUUCUUUGCUAAUACUGAAUCUUCUUAUUCCAGGUUUGAUGCUCCUUCACUGGGCCUUUAGCAUACGGCAGAAUAGGCACAGAGUUGCCAUGAAACCUAACUUGAAGCAAUGGAAACAACUCAUGCUGUUUGGAAUAUUUGCGUGGGGUCUCCUGUUCCUGGUUAUCUUCAUCUAUUUCACAGAUAGCAACACGGCUGAAGCAGUUCCAAGCUCCUUCUCCUACACUGAGACUAAAAGGCUUUUGCCCAUUCAAGGCAAACAGAGAGCUAUCAUGGGAGCCAUGCACGACCCGUCCUUCUCUGAUACAGCUGAUGAGAACGAGCUGCUUCUCGGCAAAGACGUCUCGGGUUCACUUAAAUCGGGGACUGGGAGCAUUAAAAAAUGGGCUGACCUAGACGAUGGCUUUGAAAGUGAAGAGGAAUUUUUCCCUCCCCAAUUAGGAAGAAAAUCAAAAAGUGCUUUCUAUCAAAGGUCUGGUGAUUAUUUAUUUGCUGCUGGUCAGCGUCGGUCACAGAGCAGUAUUCAGAGAAUAGGGAGAUUAGUCUCAGCAGAGGGGGCAGAUCAGAAGAGCAAUGCCUUGCAGGAUAAUUGGCUCCCUCAAAGGAAGAAAAAGAAAAGACAUGCAAGACACAGGAGAGGCCAGAUGUUUGAAGAGUCCAAUGAAUGGGAUGGAGUAUAUUCCACAAUGUCGAAAUCUUUCCUCUACAGGCUUUGGAAAGGGAACGUCUCCUCUAAGAUGCUUCUCCCUCGCCUACAGAAAGCAAGGAAAGGUUACCUGGAUACUAAUAAGCAUAGGGUGCACUUCAAAGGGAAGCGAAACCUCAAGUUGACUUCAGAGCAGCUCCUCUGUGAGCUCAAGGCACGUGUGGACGUCAGGACCAUCGAUGGCAAAGAAGCUCCCUUUUCUAUCCUCGGAUGGGAAAGGCGGGUCCCCAAAGUUUCUCUGAGCAAGCUGUACCCACGUGGGUUUGGUAGCUGUGCUGUCGUCAUGUCCGCUGGUUCCAUACUGAACUCUUCUCUAGGGGAUGAAAUAGGUGAGUGGAAGGAUCUCGACAAAAUGUGCAAAACCAUGUACAUGUGGACCAGGACUGUCCAUAAUAACAUAGAAAGAAAGAGAACCCUGAUAGGUCAGAUCAAGGCCUAUCAGCUUGUUCCCCUUGUUGGCCAAUAGAUGUCUCUUAGGAACCUCACAAGCAGGCCAGGAGCCCAAUAGCCCUCUUACACUCAUUCCCCAGAAACUGGUGUGCAGAGGCAUACUGCCUUUGAAGCUGGGAGCCACAUAUAGCCAGCAUGAUUUGUAGCCAAUGAUGGACUUAAAGGUAAAGGGAACCCUGACCAUUAGGUCCAGUCGUGGCUGACUCUGGGGUUGCAGUGCUCAUCUCGCUUUAUUAGCCGAGGGAGCCGGCGUACAGCUUCCGGGUCAUGUGGCCAGCAUGACUAAGCUGCUUCUGGCGAACCAGAGCAGCCCACAGAAAAGCCGUUUACCUUCCCGUCAGAGUGGUACUAUUUAUCUACUUGCAUUUUGACAUGCUUUUGAACUGCUAGGUUGGCAGGAGCUGGGACCGAGCAACGGGAGCUUACCCAGUCUUGGGGAUUCGAACCGCCGACCUUCUGAUCGGCAAGCCCUAGGCUCUGUGGUUUAACCCACAGCAUCACCUGCAUCCCUAUGAUGGACUUAAUCCCCCAUUAAUUUGACCACCAACCUUUUCAAAUCACCUGAGCUAGUGACCAUCAGAGCAUCUUAUGGCAGGGUAUUCUGUAAAUUAACUAGAUUGUGUGCUUGGUGUUUCAAGAAGAUGUUAAUAAAAUCCUUCACCAAAGGCUCCUGAGUGAGCUUAGUAGUCGUGGGAUAAGAAGACAGGUUCUCUUAUGGAUCAGUAACUGGAAGAGGAAGCAGAGAGUAGGAAUAAAUGGGCAAUUCUUGCACUGGAGGGGUAUAAGAAAUGGGACUUUCCCAAGGCUGUGCUCUUUAACUUGUUUCAAAAUGACAUGGAGUUAGGGUUGAGCAGUGAGGUAGCCAAGUUUGCAGAGUAUUAGGAGGGAGCAGGCAUUAAAAUAAAACGACAAACAAGGUUCAUUGUGAGCAAGUGUAAAAUAAUGCAAGACAUUCUAAAUCUGCUGUGCUGAUCAUACUAUACCUAGAUAGGAUUAGGGCCACCUAGUGCUUGAAGGCAGGAACUUUAGUUGCUUUUAGCUGGUGGCAUUUUUUACAUUUAUGCACAUGGGAUCUGAACUGGUGUUGACUGUCCAGGAACAAGACUUUUGGGUUGCAACGGAUAACUCACUGAAAAUGGCUGUGUUGAUGUGUGCGGCAUCUGUGGAAAGAGUAAAUUUUCAUGUUAGAGAUUGGGAAAGGCAUUAAAAAUUAAUCUGCCCCAUCAUAAUGCUGUUAGUUAAAUCUGUGGCAUGGCCACACAUGGAAUGCUUCAUACAGUUCUAGUUGCCACACCUCAAAAGCAUAUUGUAGAGCUAGGAAAAGUACAGAGAAGGGCAACCCAAUUGAUCAAGGGUUUGAGUAACUAGUGAUGUUGGCUUUUAGAAAUUUUGCGUAUGUAAAUUAGAGUAAUUUGCAUAAGGAAAUGUUCUGGUGCCCUACAGAAUAAUCUAAUUUAGCACUUUUAUUUUACUUGUAUUCAAUAGACAAAAUCAAAACUGCCAAACUUGCCUAAUUAUUUAUUUGCAGUUAGCAUCUAUUCAUCUUUACUUUAAGGAAUGGAAAAAAUUUCCACAGAUUUUUAGUUUAUUUUUAAUGUAGAAAAUGUGCCUUUCCAUUUCAUUGGUAGAACCUUUCCCCAUGUGAAACCUUUACAAUAUUUGAGACUUUUUAGUUUAGAAGUGGUAAGUUAGGGUGGACUGAUAGAGCUAUAAAAAGUUAUGCUGAGAGUGUGGAUAGAGAUAAGUUUUUUCUCUCACACACCCAUCGUACUAAAUCCCAAGGGUCAUCAAAUAAAGAUGAAGUCGAGCUCAUUGGUGUGAUUUAAAUUGAGUGUGACACUGCAGUAUAUUGGUCAAAAAGCCGCAGUUCCAUAAAGAAGGUAAAGGUAAAGGACCCCUGGAUGGUUAAGUCCAGUCGAAUUCUUUUGAACUGCUAGGUUGGCAGGGACAAAGCAACGGGAGCUUACCCUGUUGCGUGGAUUCGAACCGCCAACCUUGCGAUCGGCAAGCUUAAGAGGCUCAGUGGUUUAUUCAUGUCCCAAUGCAACAGACACUGCUGUGUGAAAUGAAGGUUAGAAAAUGGGACAGGAGAGCUAGCUUUAUAGUCAGGAAAACUCACAUAAUAAACACCAUAUCUGAAUGCACCCCUAAUCAACACACCUGUGUUCCGUCCUGAGUGUGAUCUGUUAGAUGUAGACUGUGGAGGUUUGCUCCAAAUUGUGGGGUGAGCUAGAAUCCUCCCUAAUCCCUGGUAAAGGCUAAGGAGGAAAAGGGAAGAAAUGUUUUGUCACUUCAGUUCCUAAACACCAAAACAAUGUUCUUCCCACAGAUUCUUUAAAAUGAACUCUGGGUUAAUCCUCUAGAGCCAUUCAUAUUUUCAUAUCCAGAUAGGUUUCCCUUUAAAUCUCUUAUGAUGAAGUAGAACUACUCUCAUUAUCCAACUACUUUAAUAGGCUUCUUGCUCAGAAUAUGUGCAAAAGCUGUCCUGGUAGCUUCCAGUUUCAAAAGAUAAUCCCACUAGUUUGAAAACCUAUGAGGUGUGAGAACUCCACAGGUUCUCUCCCCUGCCUUUUCCUCACAGAUAAUGAGGCAAAAUAUUUCCUUUUUCUAGUUUGUGUUUUAAAGUGUCGUUGUCUGUCUUCCGCUUUCUACCAAACUGCGAGUUCAGUAUCGAAGAAGCUGUUUUGUUUGUUUGUUUUAAGGGUUUUUAGAAGGCAUGUUGACCUUUACCUAGCGAAAAGGCCGAGAUACCUCCGAAUCAGUGACCUUUUGACGCCAUAAGAAGUAACAUUUUUGUCUCCCAUAUACCCAGUUUUAGGGGUCACUCAGUGUGCCGUACGUUGUAGUUGUGGAACUCUCCAGUUGCCCACCCACAGUACUUCCAGGUCACCUCUCCCUCUCCCUAGUUGACCUAGUUUUGCUUACUAAGAAAAUAAUGUUCCUCUAGGCAACCUUCUUGUCGAGUAUUCAUCAUUUGCUUGCACAAAGCUUUUUCAAAGGUUAAGCAACGCCUGCUCUUUCUUGAUAAUUUAUUCUGAUUUGCAUGCAAAGAGGUUAUGAGUAUUCCCAUCAAUUGGUCAUUUAUUCCACUCUUUUUAAUAAUUCUGCCCGCCGUGUUCCCAACAGCAAAAAGCCAGUUUACUGUUGUUGUUGUUGUUGUUGUUGCUGCUGCUGCUACUCUUUGUUUGUUUGUUUGUUUAAAAAAAAGUGUUGUUUUUUUGGAGUGGCGUAGCACUUUAAUUGCACAAAUUUAAUUUUCCAGCUGAAUCCCUCCUGCAAAAUAUUGACAAUCUGGAGGCAACCUUGUUACAUUUUAAAUGCUUAUUUGCAUGCACAGAGUAAAUGGCAGAUUCCCCCUUCCCACCUUUUCAUUGCAAGCUUGCAUGUGGAACAGUGAGUCAUACGUAGCCAUGCUAAUGAUUGAGAGGUAUGGCGCCUCAGGGUGAUUCCUAGUCUUGAUUGAUUGAUUGAUUGAUUGAUUGAUUUAACCCAGAAUAAAAGAGCGUGAUACAAAGUAUUUAUCCUGGGCUCGUUCUUGUGUCCAACAGCUCCUAUUUCACUAAAUCCUACGGAUCAGCGACAUUCCGCCCCGGCCCCAUUCUCUUAACACAUUAACAACAUGUAUAUUAACAAUGGACUUCCCUUCUCUUCAUGUAGGAGCCUCGAUCUGUUGCUAGGGGGAUUCUGGAGGGAGGGAGAGCCUAUUGCAGUGAGAUGCUCCACAACGACUGCCCUGCCGCAUUUGCCAUAAGCUAAACGGGUGUAAAUGUGAAGCCGUCAUGACUCUGCCAACAAUUUAUAAGGCAUUAUGAGAAUGCGUGCUGUCAUGUUCACCUCAUGGCAGCCUGACUUUUGUUCUGCUUUCUUGUUCUGUUCUAGGAAAGCCUCGGCUUCCGUUCGUUUGACAAAAGAAAUAUUCGUGGUUAUUGUCAACCUCACCCCCCUCCCACAUCAAGAUGCGUUUUAAAAAUUCCAGAGACUUAAUGUGUCACUCAGUACCCUCUCUUAAUGCUUCGUUUAUGUGCCUCCAGGUUGUUGUUGAUAAUCGCAGUAGUAGUAGUAGUAAUAAUAAUAAUAUGAUGUAGUAUUUAUGUGGUAUAUUUCAUUAGCUCAAAGCACCUUUUUCUUGCACAUUCACCUCAGCAGUCUCGGGUUAUAGUGUUUGGCUGUAAUUCCUCUGAGGGAAUCACAAGGCACCCUGUUUGUUCCACCCCAGCUCCCUCUUGCCACUCUUAUGUUUCUUUCAUAGACUUGCCACUCUUUCCCUUCCUUUGCUGACCCUGGUGAUGAUCCCUGGGGACUUCCUACUUUGGGGAGUGAGCUGCUGUCACUGCCACCCUAGCCACUGGGGAUAGAGAGCAGCAGAAAGGGGUGGGAUGGGGGGAGAGACCAGCUCUUCUCGUCCCACCUGCACACAAGCUUCCUUUAAUUCUUCUUAUGUUCUUAUUUAUUGAAUCAUCUGUUUCACUCAGUCUGAAAUAAGACACCCUGCUUCACACCUGAGGGUGUUCUUUCCCUGGCAUUGAACUCUGAUAAAGCCUCCUGCUGGUCUAAAUGGAGAACACAGAGGGGGAUUUGAGCUAGCCUACUGUACAAAGUAGGUGUGGGUGAAACCACAGAGCCUGGGACUUGCCGAUCAGAAGGUCGGCGGUUCGAAUCCCCGCGACGGGGUGAGCUCCCGUUGCUCAGUCCCUGCUCCUGCCAACCUAGCAGUUCGAAAGCACGUCAAAGUGCAAGUAGAUAAAUAGAUACCGCUCCGGUGGAAAGGUAAACGGCAUUUCCGUGCGCUGCUCUGGUUUGCCAGAAGCGGCUUAGUCAUGCUGGCCACAUGACCCGGAAGCUGUACACCGGCUCCCUCGGCCAAUAAAGUGAGAUGAGCGCCGCAACCCCAGAGUUGGUCACUACUGGACCUAAUGGUCAGGGGUCCCUUUACCUUUCCGUUACUGUAAAAAGUUAGCAUUUGCAUUUGUUGCUUCACCCAUUUUCACCUUUGGCUCCACCCACCUGUUAUCUGGCCCUUGGAAGAUUUUCCAGAAGGAAAUGGGGCCCUCAGGCUGCAAAAGUGCCUCACCCUUGACUGAAGCCUGUCAGUUAACUAUGAAGUUGUUGUGCAUUGUGCAGGAAGGGUCGUAGGUGUAAACCCUCAGAGUAUCUAGGGUAUCUAGACUGCUGGCAGUGGGAAACACCAGGAUGAUCUGGAAUUAUUGGGGGUACAGUGGUACCUCUACUUACGAGCACCUCUGGUUAUGUAUCCUUCAGGAUACGCAUGCAGCAAACCCGGAAGUAUUUUUCCAGGUUUCACCACAUGCGCAGAAGUGCUCUACUGCACCGCGCACAUGUGCAGAACAGGCACCUCUUGUUGCGGAAACCUCAGGAUCCGACCAUAUCUCCUGUCCGCAACCGGAGGUACCACUGUAUUUUCACACUACCUAGAAGCCUGAAUGUCAUUUAAAAAACCAAAAAUCUGAAAAUGUAUUCCUCUACCCUGCACUUGGAGGUCUAAGAACAGAAUGCAAACUAUGCCUGUAGUAGUGGCCAGACUCUUAUCAGUAGAAAGAAGAUAAAAGUCUGGGGUUAUCAGACAAUGCCAUUUGGUAAGAAAGUCCUGCUUUAAUACUUCCUUCUCUGGUUGAUAGUGACUGUUCUGCAGUGCAACACUCUCAGGAAGCAUGAUCAUAGGUCCGGGAUCCAAGGAUUGUAACAUGAAGCAGUAAUAUGGGCUGAAAGUGGGCAGGGGUCAACUGAUGAUGGGUCCUUGAGGUCUUCAAAGGAACACAGCCUGGUUAACUAGCAAGGCAGAGCAAACCAAGACAUGACAAGUCUUAGAUCUCCAGAUGUAUCAGUAGACUUUGGGUGCCCCCUUCUGUUUUUGUGCUAGAAAUGUGAUAUUUAGGUUUUACUUCUGAGCGUUGAAAGUGUGGUUUUUACAAAAAGGGAUAUAUGCAGCAGGCCUGAAUACUUUUUUUGAGAGUCCAGAUGCUUUUAUAGUGAGCUGUUCUAAGCAGAAUAGCAUUGCUGUUUUUUUACGAUACAAUUCUAGGACAUGGUGUUCUUGUAACCUGAGGUGGUUUUCCAGGACCGUUUCUCAAACGUCCAUAUCAUAAAUCUGAAACGGAAUGUAAUACUAAACUUAAGAGUAAUGCCAUUUUAUACAGGGUUGUGGGGUUUUUUUAACUGUAGAUGUAACAUCUGCUAGCACUUGGUCUGCAGGAAACUUUGGAUUUGUUGUGGUUAUUCACAGCUUAGAAUUUUCUAACAACAUUGCUUCUAAAGUAGAAGUUAUCAAAUUGCAAAUGUGCUAAAGGAAGAAAAGUAGACUGGUGACCAGAAUUAGAAAUUCAGAUAUAUAAGCUAUGUACCAAAUGGCUCCUUAAACCAGGGUUACAGUCACCUAAACAGAAUGCCUAGUUGCCAUUUUAGGACCAGACGGCUGAAAAGUCGUAUUUUUCAAUAUAACUUUUUGGUUCCUGAAAUUCAUUCUGAUUGGAUAGAAUUCUACAGGAUAUGUUGCUAAUGUGUGAAAACAGGCAAGAUCCAAGGAUCCCCAAGCAUGCACUUCCAGAUGGUAGAGACUUCAAGUGCCAUCGUGGCACCUAGGAAUCUUCACUUGGUUGCAAGUGGCCAAUAGCCAGGUGCAAAACGCACCUGGCGAAUAUCGAACGCUGCUGGAAACCAAUUUGCAAGUAGAUAUUACCAUUUAUUGUCCUUGCAAGCAUGGCACUGUUAAGUGUAACAGUAAAGGAGGGGCAAGGAACUGGACCUGACCAACAGAAUACAUUGUUAUUGCCCCCCAUCCUAGGGCCAGGUUUGACAGUUGAGUGGGACUGCAGCACCUACCAAUCACAUGAUGUUACAGUAACAUUAGGUGACAUGUUUUUGCCCACGAGGUUUGAAAUCAAACAGCAGACAAAGGCACAGCCUGCAACAUGACGACAAUCAGCUGAUGGUUGGGUCUUGUAAAUCACUAUGCACAGGGCUUUUGAAGACCCAACCAUAAACUGAUGGUCGGUGUCUGGCCAAACCUCUUUUACCUGGUCCAUCAGGUGACAUCAGGUGUAGGGCAGGUGAGCUUGUCUAAAAUGGCCUGCAGUCAAGAGUUUUUGUUGUAGCAGAGCAAUAUUCUGUUUGCAUUCACCGCUAAUCUUCAGAUACUAUUAUUUAGAGUGCAAGACUUUGCAUGUCUAGUCAGCAGUAGGUCCAUUUUGUUUCAGUGGGACUUAACUCUUGUGUAAGUUAUAUAUAGAAUUCCACUCAGAGAUUGCACUUGUGCUUCGAGCCCCAAAACCCAUCCUGAAUGGAAAUAAAGAUACAGUGGAGACAGAAUUUAGUUUAAAUGUUAAUGAGCAAAUUCUGGCCACAAGUUUAUUAAAAUAUACAAAUGUGACUGGUAUUUGCUUAGGCAUUGGUAUCAAACUAUAUCUGGCUCCUGCCCCACCCUGCAGGAAGCCUGGAAGGGUAAACAACCAACAGGGGGAUCUCCGUCAGUGUAUAUUGACUGGUGCUCACCCCUGGGGUUCCCAGGGGUCUUGGCAUGGCCCUAGUCCCUCUCCGGGCUUCAGACGAGAUCCAGACCCCCAGAUUCCUUUAACGGAAUAUCCUAUUCAUUGGAGGGGCAGGUUAAAAAAAAAACACUUUUAAGAAAUCGGCCCCAUUGAAUGCAGCAAGAAGCUGCUCUUCAUCUAGGGUUCCAGCUUGCACUUCUGCAACUCAGUAGGUGGGCAAGGGAGAAGCAUAGCCAGUGAGAAGGACCACAGACUCAGACUGUGAAUGAAAGAAAUUAAACACUUUAUUGAUAUAUAAUGAAUGGGAAGCAAUUGGUGUGCUCAAAGCAAUUUGCAAAACACAGCAAUUAAAAAUAGAAGAAAGUACCAGGCAAUUCAAAUAAGAAAAAAGAAUGUGGAGUGAUUGACAAAGCAAGUACUAAUUAAGCAAUUAGUAAUAAAGCGAUUUCAAACAUACUGAUUUCUAGACCCCUUCCUUAUUUUAACUCCCAUCUAAUUUGAUUCCAGAACACCACAGCAUUUCCCCAUAGCUCCCAAUCCAGAGUGGUGUGUCUAAGAUCUUUCCAACAGGGUCAAGCAAAACACACAAAAAGUGUGGGGAGAUGAAACAACCCCUGGGCGUCCAGCAAGAUUGGAAUGAACAUUUGGAAAACAGCAAAUCUAGGGUAAAACAGAACCCCAGUAAAAACUGGACUGCUCCUACAACUAUUGCAGGCAUAAAUGAACCCUGUAAGAGCAAUUGGGGACAUAAAAGAGCUUCAUUUUUCAUCCACCAAACAUUUUUCCUUGUAAUUAUCAGAGAGGGAACAGACCUCUGCAUCAGUUUGGAACUGAGUCCAAAGAUGGAAAUUCUCUGCCUUCUGUACAGGCUCAGGAUUCUCCAGAAAAAAAUAGAGAAAUCCUGCUGUAGGCUUCUUGUACUAUGCCAACCUGCUUGAUGUGGCCAGCACUGCACUUAAAUUUUCAAAUCCAUUAUUUUAAAAAAAUCACUACCACCACCACAAAAGCAGCAGAAACUUGCCGCCACCUCUCAGUUUUCAUGAGAAUAUUUUAUGGAAAGUGGUUUAGGGGAGAGGGGAUUUCAUCCCAGUGUAAAUAACAGCAAACCUCUCUCUCUCAAAAACCCCCAAAAAACAACCAAGCAUAUUUUGACUCCUUCAGCUACUGUGUUCUUUACACAUUCAUUCCUUGUCCAAGUGCCAAGAUACCACACAGGAAAUCAGUUCUCAGCAGAAGUUGCUCACAGCUUGCUUGUGAAGAGCCGGGGUUUCUUGUCGCUGAUGCUACUCAUUUUAUUCCCUUGCUUGCUCCCUUCAUGUGUGCUGACUACAGUGGUUCUUGGAGCCCAGCAGGAAGGGGUCGAUGCUUACUUCCAAGUAAACAUGCAGAUGAUUGUACUACACGAUGACUCUUGCCGGUUACUCACCUGAAUGUCCUUUCCUCUGACUUUAUAGACUCCCAUGAUGCCGUCUUGCGAUUCAACUCUGCUCCAACAAACGGAUAUGAAAAAGAUGUCGGAAAUAAAACAACCAUGCGCAUCAUUAAUUCCCAAGUAAGGCACUUGAACAUCUGCAUACUUGUAUUGUUUUCCGUAUGUUGCAACUCCUCCUAGAACUGAACCAGAAAUUCUGGGCAAUUCUGCUUUGAUUUUAAAUAACAGGCCCCAGCUUUCAUCAUUGCUGGGAACUGUUAACAUGCCCAGCAGUGCUUCCCAAAGAUUACAUACCAAAAGGGAGGAGACAGGUGAUGGAUUAGGUGCUAUAACUCCUUGUCUUUUGUCCCUUUCCCCUGCCUCCACGGGGUUCCCAAACUGGUCCAUGGGGUACCAGUGCCCCACAAGCUUUUUAUUCAGGUGGUUGCUGGUGUGUUUGGAUUUGUGGUUUUAGACGGAGUAUCCAUCGUAUUAAAUAUGCUCAUUGAUUUUUGUUUUUAUUUUCAUUGUUUCUUCAAUUGUAUUUCAUUUUAUUAUGUAGCAGUGUGAAUUAUAUGGGGGUUCAAAUAGCAAUACAAUAAACCACACUAGAUAAGAAAUAAAAGAAGCAAUAAAAGUACAAUGAGAUAUCAUACAGUAUCUUGCUAGUUCCGCUGGCAGUGCAUGAGACUCUUCAUAUCAGGGUGGUUGUGGGUUCGAGCCCCAUGUUGGGCAAAAUAUCUUUUCCUUGCAGGGGGGUAGGACUCAAUGACCCUCGUGAUCCAACUCUAUGAUGCCCUGUUAUUGCAAUUGCUACAACAGGGAGACAAAUCAUUAAGCGCUCCGCCAAGACCCUCGGAAAUGUCCAAGUGGCCUGUUGAGAAAAACGUUCAUAAACUCUUGGUCUAAGCCUCUCCUAAUUCUUUUUUUGUAGUUUUAUACGAAACAAUAUUUAUUUAUUAGGCUUCUUACUCGUCCUUCCCAGGGCAGGUCACAGCUAACUAAAAAUGCAACAUUAAUAUAAGAUGAAACAGUCUACAAUCUACAAAAGAACUGCGGUAAUGUUGCACAGUUAUGGUGAUACCAUGUUCAACUGAGGUGGUUGAUAGUGCAAAACAACAACAACAACAAAUAAGCAAGGCGUGGGAGGUGGAAACAAUAUAGAUGCUGUCAGGGAAGAGUUAGAAGUUUCCAGUUUCUCAGAGGGAGAAAGCAUUCCCCAAGGGGGUAAGGAGAGCAGUGAAUCUAAUAGAAGAGAGAAAGAGGAACAACAGGGAGGGACUGGCUGUUCACAGGAAAGGCAAGGGUUAAGUUCUAGCUCAGAUUCGGAGGAGGGGAGAUACAAGCCAGCUCUAGCCAGGAGGUUAGAAAAAAGAGCGGGAAAGCGAAGGGAAAGGCGCCCUCACCAUUUUGAGAGUGGCUGGUCAUGGAGAAGCAGAGCUCAGAAGGUAUCUGAAAUAAGUGACUCUGAGGAAUAAUAGUUAAGGACCGUUUAUAAGAUUGUUUUGUUAAUACGCAAUAAAAAGUUUUAUAAAAGAACAAGCAGCAUUUGUGUGGUGAUCUGAAGAGGACAACGACCAGUCCUGACAGAUGCGGUGUUUGACAAAGUUGCAUGACUAUACUGAAGGAAACAAACACACACACACACACAACCUGUCCAUCUAUAUACAUGUAUAUACAGUGGUACCUCGGUUGUCAAACGUAAUCUGUUCCCGAAGACCAUUCGACUUCCGAAACGUUUGACAACCGAGGCACAAAUGGCUUACUGCAAAGUCAAUAGAGAAAAUUGGAAAAAAACUUGCAGCGGAAGCAGUUCGACUUCCGAGGCAAUUACUUCCAGUUUUUCGGUGUUCGAAAACCGAAAUGUUCAGCUUCCGAGAUGCUCGAAAACUGAGGUAGCACUCGUGUGUGUGUGUGUGUGUGUGUGUGUGUGUGUGUGUGUUAUAGAUAGAUAUGCAGUGCCCUCUUGUGGUGGACACAUUGUAUGUUUACUUUUCAAAAUGAAGGUUUAUUUGUAAGGACAGUGUUUUGAUUUUUUGUUUCCUUAUCUUUGAAUUGAGGAUAAUAACAACCUGUGCCUCGCAGUCUGUCAAUCCAAUAAUUCUUUUACGUCAGGUGGGUGCAAGAUGUGCACAGCAGAUCACAUGUUCCAUGCCUACCACUCUAUGUCAUCACGAAAGUAUAGCCAGAGACAUUUGGUCAAAUUUAACAAAAAACACCUGGACAGAAAUUGCUUUCCUCUUCUCUUCUCCUGCCCCCCUCAGCAAUAUAUCACAGCUUCGAUAGCCUACCUAUCGUAGGCAUAUUUAAAAUGAGUGCCGUCAUUGCAUCCAGAGAGCCAGUGUGGUGUAGUGGUUAAGAGCGGUGGACUCGUAAUCUGGUGAACCGGGUUCGCGUCUCCGCUCCUCCACAUGCAGCUGCUGGGUGACCUUGGGCCAGUCACACUUCUCUGAAGUCUCUCAGCCCCACUCACCUCACAGAGUGUUUGUUGUGGGGAGGAAGGAAAAGGAGAAUGUUAGCCACUUUGAGACACCUUAGGGUAGUGAUAAAGUGGGAUAUCAAAUCCAAACUCAAAUCCAAACUCUUCAUCGUCUUUUUUUGCUCUUCAAAAUAUGGCAACCCUACACUGCAGGGAUGGAGAAUUUUAGACCCAGGGCUGAUUGUGGCCCUCUAGGCUCCUCUGUCCAGUCCCCAGAACUUUCCCCAAGUUAUACUCCCAACCCCCCCAAAAAAGGCUGAGGGUUUUUUUAAAGGGGGGGUAGUAUGUUGAGAGGUAAUGCCAUCGCUUGAUCUUAUGAGGAUGUUUCAUAAUCAUUUGGAAAUGUUUUGAAUAUGUGUGUUUGUGUGUUUUGUAUUUUGCAGAUUCUUACCAAUCCUAAGCACCAGUUCACUGACAACCCCUUAUAUAAAGAUGUUACUCUAGUCGCUUGGGAUCCUGCACCCUAUUCUGCAGAUCUGACUGUGGUAAGUCAGCAGCCAGGAUGAGUUCAGCACCCAUUGCAACCUCCUCGUUUAAAAGCAACUAGGUUCAACAAUACCCUUUUUCAAACUGUGCGAGUGUUCCCAGGUCACAGAUUUCCCAUCGCAGGAAGCCUAAAACUAGGAAAUACUACAGAGGACUUCUGUGCUACUGCUUAGCGCUGCUUGGGCCAGCACAAUAAAUCUAAAAAUGGUUUUGCUUCCAAACUGAAGCAAACCAAAUUCCUACCCCAUAUCUAGAUGAGAGAUACGUUUCCAUGAAAACCACCCUAAUCAGAGCACAUUAAAUAUUUGAACAAGCUUGUGUUGUCGUUUUAGGAGCUUAACUAUGGAACAAGCAAUAAAGAAUGCGAAAUAACCUAAUAAACAGGCUCAACCUAUCUGCCUUCUUUUUCCACCUGCAAUCUUGACUAGCAGAUAAUUCCUGCUCCUUUUUAAUCAGCUCCCUCAGCUGUCUCUUCACAACGGACGCUCCCUGCCUGUCAAUCCCUCUCUUACCAUUUCCACCUAACUCUUCUGCUGCCCAUUUUAUUCUUCUCCACAGCUUUUUGGAUAUAAUAUGCCGGUUGAUAUUAUACAUGGGAGCAGCAGAAUGUAUUGCUAUAAUUUCUGUAGUUUACAGGGGAGCAGAGAGUAACACACCCACACAGAGAAUGUGUGUUUAAAAUUUAUUGUGGAAUUAAAAAAUUUGCCAGCUUUAUUAUGAAUAUUUCAUCUCUUGACACUAGAGGGAGCCGUCUUAUUGCACAGAACACAGGAAACUGCCUUAUAGCUGCCUAGGGUGGCUAGGGAAACCCAGCCAGAUGGGCAGGAUAUACCGUAUUUUUCGUUCCAUAGGACGCUCCGUCCCAUAGGACGCACCUACUUUUUUGGGGGGGAAAUAAAGGAAAUUUUUUUCCCCUUUAUUUCCCCCCCAAAACCAGGUCGGGGAACAGUGGGAUGGCGGCGCUGCGCCUCCCCGUUGUCCCCCGAGCUUGUGGGGCUGGCCGAUGUCUGCCCGGCGUGAGGGGCGCUCUGCUUCAGGGCGCCCCAUGAGCCGGGCGGCAGGCUGCAGACACCUGCGCGAAGCACGGGGCGUCCUCCGGAGGGCGCCCCGUGCUCCGCGCUGCAGGCUGCUGCCCGCAAGCCUUGCGCUCCCGGGGGAAGAUCCCCCGGGGCGCAAGGCUUGCCGACACCUGCGCGAAGCACGGGACGUCCUCCGGAGGGCGCCCCGCGCUGCAGGCUGCCGCCCGCAAGCCAUGCGCGCCCGGGGAUCUCCCCGGGCACGCAAGGCUUGCGGACACCUGCGCGAAGCACGGGGCGUCCUCCGGAGGGCGCCCCGUGCUCUGCGCUGCAGGCUGCCGCCCGCAAGCCUUGCGUGCCCGGGGGAACUCCCCCCGGUGCGCAAGGCUUGCAGAUAGCUUCCUGGAGCCUGGAGAGCGAGAGGUGUCGGUGCGCACCGACGCCUCUCGCUCUCCAGGCUUAAGCGAAAGCCUGCAUUCGCCCCAUAGGACACACACACAUUUCCCCUUCAUUUUUGGAGGGGAAAAAGUGCGUCCUAUAGAGCGAAAAAUACGGUAAUUAAUAAAAAUUAUUAUUAUUAUACCAAGUCAGAUCAUUGGUCUAUCUAACUCAGCAUUGCAUGUACUGACCAGCAGCAUCUGUCCAGGGUUUCAGGCAGGAGACAUUCCUUGGCCUAAUUGAGGUGUUGGUGGCCUUUGGCAUGCAAAACAGAUGAUCUACCACUUGAGCUACGUGACCAGUGUCUGCACGUUUUUCCUGUUACUAUGGCCUUGCACAACCUUCCUUCCUUGUAGCACCUUCAAGUCCUCCCACCUCCCUGUCCCCACAUCACCUGGUGCUUGUUAACUCAGUCAUCCUGAUCUAAGUGCCUGGCCACCUGUGAUUAUUUUCCUUCUCUUCUCUCUGCCAAAAUUCAUUUCUGUAGCUCAAGUGCUGCCACCGGCAUACCUUAUGAAAAUUUAAGUUUGCAGGAGUUUAAAUAAUGCAAACAACUUGCGGGAGUUGUAAACAUGCAAAGAAAUCUGGAGUAACUGUGUUGCACUUGGGCUUUUUUUCCCUUCUUGUGUGGGUGGGGUGUGGGGUCUGCAUAUAGAAUUAUGGAAAGCAAAGGGGGGGUCCUGUCCUAGCUGGGAGUAAAAUGCUGUAGCACAAUUCCUGUACGUAUCAUCCCACUGCCUGCAAGCCUACUACACCCUUGUGCAAAUUAAUUGAAACAAACAAUGUAGUUUAUUGGACAAAACUCACAUCUACAUGUACAAAACUCACAUAUACGUACAUUAGUAACGGAUAUGACCUCUGUUAUUUUUAAGCAGCAUUUGAACACGGUUUGGCAUGGAGUCUACUAGUUUUGAACAGUCACUGUGGAUUUUUAGAUCCUUGUACCACACUUGAAUCAGCGCCUGAUUGGACUUCUCCAUAGUCAUACAGUCUACAGCACGGAGGCGACGUUUGCAUAUGGCCCACAAAUUCUCAAUGGGAUUUACGUCCAGGGAAUUCCCUGGCCAAUCAUGUACCUGUAUUUGCAGUUCUGGCAUGAAUUUCUUCACCACUUUCAAUGUGUGACAGGGGGCUAGGUCCUCCUGCAAUAUCCCAGUACCGUCAGGAUACCUCUUUUCCAGCUCUGGAAUAGCUCUCUUUCGUAGAAACACAAUAUAUUGUGGCGAGCACAUCAUUCCUUCUGUUGGCUGCAAGCUUCCGACACCAUAAUGAUCAACUGACUUUUCGUGUUUGUUUUGAGUACAGGAUUACGAGUAAGAUAGAAAACAUGCUUUGUUUCAAUUAAUUUGCACAAUCCAAUGUGCCCAGCAUAGCUCUUGUGACAUCCAGCAGAAAGACCUGUACCCAGAGCAUGGACUAAGCAUGGUACAGUCCUGCCCACAACUGGUUUAAACCCACCCUAGAGAGUUAACUCCCUUUUACCUGCCGUCGCAUACAGGGACACACAUUGGCUAGGUUUCACCAUAUAGCAGAACGUUCUCAUUCCAAGAGCUGCCUGAUGGUUAUCCCAGCUUGUUUACCAUGGGAAAGCUUCACAUAAGAUUUGGAGUUUUGUCUGCUGAGCUCUAAUUCUUCCCAGAGAAGAGGUUGGUAACUUGGGGGCUUGGGGGUGUUCUUGAACUGCAAUUCCCAUCAUCUCCAGCUCCUGGAUAUUCUAACAAGGGCUGAUGGGAGUUGGAGUUCAGCAACAUCUGGAGGAAUGCAGAUUGGCUGCACCUACGUUAGUGGCAAAGCCCAAUUUUUUGUCAUCUAAAAGUCAAUUGAUAUUUGUUGGGAUUGAUUGGCAGGCAUUGAAAACUGUAUCAGUUCUGCUGCUCUAUCUAAACUGUCUGCGACAUCAGGGCACCCCAACACAUGCUAGUAAGAGUUGCAGAAAUCCAUAUCCACUUCCUUCUAUGCCUUGAAGGUGUGUUUUUAUAUCCACAGGGAGCUGACAAAUGUGAUGCUUUAGAUGCAGGUUGGUAUGUGUUUAGCACUCCCUAGAAAAUGUCUGGUUUUUUGUUUGUUUUUUGUUUUCUCCCACCAGUGGUUUAAGCAGCCAGACUACAACUUGUUUACUCCCUAUGCACUGCAUCGCAGGAGGAAUCCUAAACAGCCAUUUUACAUUCUCCACCCCAAAUUUAUAUGGCAGCUCUGGGAUAUCAUUCAGGAGAACACCAAGGAAAAGAUACAACCCAACCCUCCUUCUUCAGGUUUCAUUGGUAGGUGUGUUUAUUGGUAGAUUUCUUCAUUAGCUGCAUCUGUAGAGUAUAUGCUGAAGGUUAGGAUGUGCGCUUGACUGUGGUGGUAAUGAAAUUUAAUUUGGAGAUGGAUGGAAGAAGGCAUGCUGUUUAAUAAAUAAGUAGGAAUGAGGAAUGUACCAUAUAUACUAUUAAACACACAUGUCUUAUGAACUUUCCAGGAUUGUGUAUCUGUAGGACUUGGGAGAAACAAAGCUUUGUCUAAAACCAUUUAUUACUAAAGUAUACUCCAAAAUUUAUAUAAGCAGUAGACACAGAAGGCAUUAACCAAGUCAAAGUCUACUAGUAUAACCAAUAUUCCAGCAGCAGGUUCUUUGUGGAGCUGGAGUUACAAAACAGUCUUCAUUUUAUGACCUGUACUGUACCAAUGCCUUGAAAAUGUCUCAUGUGUUCAGAAUGUGAAACACUGAUCAGAAGGAACUGUGCAUUAUCCUAAAUCGUGCAUGUAUGGCUAGGACUUGCUUGGGUUCAGUUGUGUUUAAUUGGGGGUAUGAAUGGAAUGUGUUGGCACAGCAAGGUGAAAUUGUGACUUGUGACCUCAUCUGACAUCAGGGACACCACAGUGAUAGGUGCAACGAAAGCCCAACAGGACACUUUGAAUAUACAAGCCAUAUUCAGAGGAACAAAAAGCAAACCUAUGAUAAGAACACAUAAUGGCUUUUACACCUGCUUUUCCUAGCUCUUGGCUCUGAACUGCAGAUUCUUUUUACAACUCUCUGGCCCUGAUCCAAAUCUACAUGGUAGAGCAGUGCACAAGUAGCUCCAAUCAGAUAACGCUGUUAAGCACAGAGGAACUAAACCUAGCUGUUCCCCCAGUGCCUCAUCCGACACAGCUGAGUGGUAAUAUUUGGAAUAUCUUAACUGCGGCAGCUGUAUUGGAUAGGAGAAGCGAGCGUACAACAGUUGUAUCUGCCCCUGAUGCAGAUCCCUAGCUGGAUGGAGAGUUGAGUAUAAAAGGGAGAUAGACGCAGGAAUCACACUUAACGAAAAAUAAAGGUAAAAACUGAAAGCAAACAUUUGAUGCUUGUGUCACCACUGAAUAUGAAACAUACACCACAUCAAUAACCAGAUAACCAUGUAAUGCGCUUGAAAGUGGAAAUUGUAUAACUGUUUAUUUGAGAGAUGAGUGUCGAGGGCAGAGUCAUACAUCAGCAUCUGAUGCUAUCAGUCAGCAUAAAUGUUUCUGGGAUGAAUUUUUCAGUGUGACUAUACAUCACCAAAUCUCACAGAAGAUUGCUGACUCAAGCUAAUGCUGGCGGACUGGAAUAACUGAUGUUGUGAAUGCCAAGGGAUGUAAAUUAGAGAAGAUCCUGCUGGGUUAUUUGCAAUACUAAAACCUUACAUUUAUGAACGAAUAUCCUUGGUGGCAAAUUUCGGCAUAAAUGAAUGAAAUAAAUGAGGACUUGUCAUAAUGCGGCAGACCUUUAUUUUCAAUAACACACACACACACACACACACACACACACACACACGGAAGGAUGUUAAAACUGACCUAUUUUCAAAUGAGCUAAAAGGCUCAUUGUUUCUUGUGGAUGAAAUAAAAAUAAAAGUUCAGCCCAUGUCCUAAUUGCUCAUUCACAUCCGUGGUCUAGAUAGCAAAACUCAGUUUGAAUUGCAAGGCAUGUGACGCUAAAUCGACACUGUGCUUAUCUCUAGUCAGGACCAGAAAUGCUAAUACCCACAUCCUGGAAAAGUGAAAGCAGGUCAUAGCUGCCAAUGCCGGAAACAUUGGGAUUGUGGGAGCUGGCCACAUCUCUUAUUAUAAAAGAGGGGUAGGUUUUGAGGAGAAGCUUUUCAGAUGGCUAGGAGGUGACAAGUAGGAAUGAAGAACCAUAUGCCUCUGUGUACUCUUUACUUGUUUGUCCACAUGCCCAGAGUGUGUGAAGUGUGUAGAGCCAGAGGAGGACUAAUGUAUCACCAGAUGCCCAAGUUACAUACCGCACAGAGGCGCUCUCAUAAAGACAUGGAGCUCAUUCGCAAAGUCUUACUGUGUGAAACACUCCAAAACGCUUACGCUUCCCCAUCUAAUUUUUUUUAAGCACUGAUGAGGACAACUCAUUUUGCAGCAACACAGUCCAUACCCUGUUCCCUUCUCCAUUUUACUCCCAUGGUCAUUGGUCCAGAUUUGCUCAAGUGUACAUCUUAUUGUAUUUUUAUUUCUGGCAUUUGUAUGCUACCCUGUAGCACAAAGCUUUUAAGGUAGUUUACAAAAACAAAGUGGUUUUUUGUGUGUGUGAAAUGUGUUUGAAAUAGGUCGAUGUUUUCCCAUCCUUCCCAUCCCAUCUGUGUUUGAGCCUUAUGUUAAAUGGUUGCUAAUGGAAGUGCAAACUCAAAAUAAGCUUUGGCAGCUGCUUUUUCCUCUGACUAUUUGGAAUUUAGGACUAAAUUCUGUUUGCGUGUUCACCUUUUGAUCUCUAAUAACUUUUAGAAGUAUUGGUUUUGGCAGCCGAUACAAGAGAGAGAGAGAGAGAUGGUCUCUCUGUGACAGCUAAUUGGUAAAGAAAGCUACUUUAUAUGUGCAACUCAUUAUCACACAAAUACCCUCACAUUGACUUGAUAUUACGAUCAAGUAAGUGGUGAACAUACAUGUGUGAGCUGGCUUUCAUGUCACUUGAUUGUGUGCUAGUGAGAGCCAGUGUGGUGUAGUGGUUAAGAGCGGUAGUCUCGUUAUCUGGGGAACUGGGUUCGCGUCUCCGCUCCUCCACAUGCAGCUGCUGGGUGACCUUGGGCCAGUCACACUUCUUUGAAGUCUCUCAGCCCCACUCACCUCACAGAGUGUUUGUUGUGGGGGAGGAAGGGAAAGGAGAAUGUUAGCCACUUUGAGACUCCUUAAAGGGAGUGAAAGGCGGGAUAUCAAAUCCAAACUCUUCUCCUUCUUCUUCUUCUUCUGCUAGUCAAUCCAUCUGUUGGUAGGCCUCUAACUAACGAAUGUUUCAAUGCUUUCACUCUUUCAGUUUUCUAGCUUUGCCGUAAGUUAUCACUGCAGCAUGCAUUUUAAAGUAAAGAUGAACUCAGUUUGAAAAUAGGAGAAUCUGCAUCUGUACUGCAAUGACAUUUCUCCAAAGGCCACUCAGGAUCCUUCUCACAUCUGCACAAACAUCUGCCAGGCAGGCAUUUCCGCCAAGCCUGACAUAUUAACAUCUCUGCUUGAUUUAUAACCUGCUAGUAGCUUAUCAGACCCAAUCUCAGUGCUCAGAAAUUAACAUAAUGCUUGCCCCAACACCUGCUAGAAGUGUUAUGACUAAGAAGGAUUGGGAAGCAAUUUGGCUUUAGGAAAGCAAAAUAUGUGUGAACUAACCACAAAAUAUUUUAUUGAAUUCCUGUUAAAGGGUUCCAGAGGUAACAUGACAUAACAAAAAUACAACAGAGCUUCUUGGUAGCACUAUAUCUGCUCCCUGUUUGUGCAAGAACUGACAUGAUGGAACAAGCAAUACUAUUAUGAAAUAGCUAUGUAAGACUGCUGUGUGUACACACACAAGCACACAGAGAGAAAACCCCACAUAGAUAUGAAAAUAGAUUUAAGCACCAGAAGCAGGUGUAGGCUUGAGAAUCACAAGCCAUGCCUAAAACAUAGCUGUAGUCAGGUGGCAUAAUGUAAACGUUUGUGCACGUAAUGGACUUAGAUGGAAUAGUGUUUGAAUCAGUGGUGGGAACCAAGAUACAGAUGAUGCUAACAAACUUUUAUUAGUGUGUGUGCGUGCACACACAUACGCACCCACAAAAACGCUCUUCUCAAAUAAGCUUAGAAAAUAUCAAGAUCUGAAAACUUUCAGGGCUACUUUCUCUUCUAGGAAUUAGGGAAUGAGCUAUAUGCUCCAAGGAUGUUUCACUGUGUGCAUGAAGAACCCCUGGCUCAGAUAAGGGGGCAGUAUGGAGAAGACAGAGUAAUGCUAUUGGGUGACAGGGAGAAGGCAGAAUUGCUCAACACCUACUUUGCCUCUGUCUUCACCCAAAAGGAAAGCAGUGCCCAACCUGGUGAUAACAGAACAAUUCAAGGAGGGAGCUGCAGCCUAACAUAGCAAAAGAGGUGGUAAGGGAACACCUAGCCACUUUAAAUGAAUUCGAAUCUUCAGGGCUUGAUGAGCUGCACCCAAGGGUGCUGAAGACACUUGCUAAUGUAAGCUCAGAGCCUCUUUCUAUAAUCUCUGAGAAUUCUUGGAGAACAGGUGAGGUCCCUGAAGACUGGAGGCAGGCAAAUGUUGUCCCCAUCUUCAAAACAAGGGGGAAAAGAAAACCCAGGUGUAAACUACUGGAACCAAUGGAUCCAAGUUACAAGGUUACAACUAAACCUCAGGAAGAACUUGCCAAGAGUAGGAGCUGUUCAACAGUGGAACAGACUACAAGAAGUAGUGCACUCUUCUUCCUUGGAAGUUUUAAAGCAGAGGUUGGAUGGCCAUCUGUCAUGGAUGAUUUAGUUGGGAUUCCUGCAUUGCAGGGGACUGGACUGAACUAGACUACCCUCGGGGCCCAUUUCAACUCUACAAGUCUGUGAUAGCAUGUUUAGAACAUCAUUUUUGCACAAAAGAUCUGCUGCAAAAUGGCAAAUUAGUGUGGUCUUAUUUUUACUUCUUUUUUUAACUUAUAAAUAAAACAUGCCAGUCUUGGACUGGGAACCAGUAUAUAUUUUGAAACGAUAGGUAAUUUUUGUGAUUAUAUUGCCAACGUUUACAGAUGUAGGUCUACAGGUUGUUGUUUUUUUAAUUUCAAUGGAAAAAGCAGCUAUGAUUCAUGUCAAUGGGUGUGCAUAAAGAUUAGUUUUCCUCCAAUGAAGAGAAUGUGAAAGGAUUCCAUGUUGUGGAACUUCUCUGGUCAGUUUGCCACGUGGGAAUCAGAACACUUACGGUUUUGCAAAUAUUGCUGUGAUCAUUUGUACAUAUGUAUUUUGAAGUUUUAUGGCUACUACAUAGUUUUGAAUGAAAGUUGCAGGAAUUGUUAGUGCUUAGUUUCUGGAAUAUGCAGCAUUCAAAAUGUUCUCAAAAUCGAGUUUCUGCUAAACUAGAAGCUGAGCUGAAUCCCAAUCACUUUUCAAAAUAUAUUAUUUCUUUCAUACUAAACAGUUGGUACAAUAAGGUAAAUGAAAUUACAUUCUUGUGUACUUCCAAUCUUCUGGAAAUGACUUUUUAAUUAUCUUGCUAAUUACAUAGUGUAAUUGCAUUGCACAAAGAUACAUGCUGGAAGUUGAAAAGCUCUUGAGUAAUUAAAAUUGCCAAGGACAAAUUAAAUUUCUUCCUUUUUUUUUUAGAAUCGUUAAUAUCCAUUUAUAUUUACUAUUCAUACAACGAACUUAAACAUUUAUUUAAUUCUGAUAAAAGAACUUCAACACAAACCCCAAAAUCCCAAGAGUUUGAUCUUCUGCUAUUGAGCUAAUUUCAAACCAUUGUUUAAAAUUCCUAAAUACAUAGCUGUGCGAUAAAAGCUUGUGACAUAGGUAGCUGAACAUUGCACUGUUUUUGGCUGACAAAUCCUACACUGAUGUAGAAGAUAAUUCUGUGUAAUGGUGCAUGGAUUGUCAUUGCCAUGUAUGAGAGUCUACAAUGGAAGGAAAGUCCACCAGCUUUCAAGGGAGUCCGUUCCACUGUUGAACAGUUCUUGUAGUUAGAAAGUUUUUCCUGGUGUUGAGUCAGAAUCUCCUUUCUUGUAACUUGAACUUCGGGUCCUUCUCUUCCCCAGCAUGAGAAAACAAGCUUGCUCUGCUUUCCAUGUGACAGCCCAAAGAUACUUGGAGAUGGUUAUCAUAAUCUCCUCUCGGUCUUCUCUUUUCCAGGCUAAACUGCUGGGAUAGUUCAGUAGAGCAUGAGACUCUUAAAUCUCAGGGUCACAGGUUCACGCCCCACAUUGGGCAAAAGAUUUCUGCAUUGCAAGGGGUUGGGCUAGAUUGGCUUUGUGGUCAUUUCCAACUCUACAGUUUUAUGAUUCUAUAGAACAUGCCCAACUUGACCACUCAGUAGUUCCUUGAAUCCUCUUCUUUUGCCCUUUUUGAAGAUGGGGACUACAUUUGUCCACCUUCAGUCUGUAGGGACCUCACCUGUUCUCAAAGAAAUCUCAAAGAUUAUAGACGAAGGCUCUGAGAUUACAUUCACAAGCUCCUUGGGUGUAGCUCAUUGGGCCCUGGAGAUUUGAAUUCAUUUAAAGUAACUAGGUGUUCCCUUACAACCUCUUUUUCUAUUUUGGGAUGCAGCUUCCUUCUUGCAUCAUUCAUUCUGCUAUUGCCGGGUUGGGCACUGCAGAGAACCUACUACAGUGAUACCUCGGGUUACAAACGCUUCGGGCUACAAAUGCUUCAGGUUACAGACUCCGCUAAUCCGCAAGUAGUACCUCAGGUUAAGAAUUUUGCUUCAGGAUGAGAACAGAAAUCUUGCGGCAGCAGGAGGCCCCAUUAGCUAAAGUGGUACCUCAGGUUAAGAACAGUUUCAGGUUAAGAACGGACCUCCGGAACGAAUUAAGUUCUUAACCAGAGGUACCACUGUACUUGCUUGUUCCUCCUCUUGCUUCAAACACAGCCGAAGAAAUCUUUAUAAUUAUUUUUAACUUUUUCCCCAAGCCUGAGCUUCUUUCUGAGCUUUGCCCCACCCCGGACAUUCCCCCUGCAACUGUUGGCUACAUGUGUAUACUCUUCCUUCGUGAUUUCCCUUUCUUUCAUUUCUUAAUACAUGCCCUCCUUAAAUCUCACCUCAUCUUCAAGCUCCUUAUGCAGCCUCACCGGUUUCUUUAGAUGCCUCCCACUUGUUGGAAUUGUCUGCAUUUGUGCCUUCAUUAUUUCACCUUUAAGAAAUACAUAUUAGGCAGGGGGAAGUGGGAAACAGAUUCACAUCAGGUACCUAACGGUGAGCAAGGGUUGAGGAUAGUGUUGUCCGUGUUGACAUCUUAGGCAUGGGAGUGUGCUUUACAAAAGCAGUAGCAAGCACAUACUGGUAGGGAUAACUUGAACAGUAAUUAAAAUGAAGUUUCCUGUUACAGCUGUAGAUUUCUAACCUGGGGCCAAUAUGUUUUUUUAAAAGUUAAAACCAUAAAUAUGUAGGUUAUUUGUACAUGUGGCCUCUUCACAUGUAGAUUUCGAAGAGACUGUGGGGGUCGUCUAGUCCCCCCAUGCAGGAAUCUCUUGCCCAACAUGGGGCUCAAACCCAUAACCCUGUGAUUAAGAGUCUCAUGCUCAACCGACUGAGCUAUCUCUUGGUGCGCAUAUAUUGGCUAAAAUGAAGUUGCUGUCCCAUCAUCAUUUAAUAACAAUGAUGAUGUUCUUUAUAACCCUGCCCCCUCCAAAUCUGACUGAUACUAAAUCACUGUGCUUGCUUGAGAAGGGAGAUCUACAUUUUGUGUUGUGAAAGUGAAUCGGAAUAUUUAAAGCUUAUUACCAGCCUCAGUAUGAACCAGCAGAUGUGUGAGCUAGCGCAUAUUUACUACUCUUUAAAAAACCAGUUAAUACUGUGACUUAGUACACAUUUGAAAACUAUUCUAGCAGUCAGUGCUUAUCAGGUUACAAAGAUCUAGAAUGAGAAUUUUGUGAAGCUGAGGCGGAGGGAGCUAACCCCAACAGAAUGAGCAUUGAGGCAUCUACCGUUAACUUCAAGCAGCAAUAAUACAUUAUUCCCUUGCACAUCUAGAGCACCAGUCUUUUUUUCUUUCUUUUUUUUUGGGUGCUAUAAUCACAUAAUUCCUACUUGAUUCAGAGUUAGAAACAGUUAAUAGCAACACGUUUUGUUCCUGCUUAAUGCACAGCGGAUUCCUUAGGGGUAAACAAAGCAAGCUGGCAAUAAAACUGUAACAUAUAUGAUAUAGAUGGAUUAGGCAACAGCUUGCACUCGUUCACAAGAAUGAAUUUUCCUUGGACAUCUGUGGCGGGCUGUCUGAAACAGGCUCUGGGCUUGACUCUGGGCUCAGAAGGCGGUCCAUUUUCUCGUCCAUUUGGGGAAGCGCUUGCCUAGCGGUUCCACCUUCUGCUUUCCGGUUCAGUUGGAUGACUGUGACCUUUGACUGGCAGGUGGUUUCUCCGUCAGCCGCUGAAGCAGGUUGGCAGUGGAAAAGCAUCAGAAAGCAUUUGUAGAACUGGAAAACAAAAAAACAAAAAACCCAACCAGUUUCAUUUUGCUAAGCUGCAAUUUUCAGGUUACGAAUUAGGAUAAAGAUUCAUGCAUUUAAAAAGUUACGUGAAGAUUCAGAUUCUGCUGUUUACAUUGCAAUCCAGCCUUUCCCAAACCUUUUCACUUUGGAGCCUUUGAAGAACGUGCUGCAUCAGCUACGGCACAUCACAGCUCGUUCCUCCCUCAGUUUGAGGGCCAGAGCACGAUGGUCCUCAGAUUGGUCCCGGGUGAUGUACUGUAUUGGCCCAAAUAUAAGCCGCAUCGGAAUAUAAGCCGCACAUUUAAAAGUAUUGGAGGAGAAAGAAAAAAGACAAUACCUGAAUAUGCCACUCCCUUCCUCGCUUUCUCCCUUCCUGGCCUUGGGGGAGAGGAUGGGGGGCUACGUGUGGGGCGGGCGUCGCUGCGCAGCGCUCCUGCCGCUGUUUACCCCACACUCAUGGCUGCAUACUGGAUUCUUUUUGUAAGGUCGUGAAUAUAAGCUGCACUUUUCACGGUCGGAAUUUGGAAAAAACGGUGCGGCUUAUAUUCGGGCCAAUAUAUUGCCCAGGCCUAAUGCUGACCCCACUGGGCAGAAUGGAGCCUCCUUGACUUCAAUAGGAAGGAAGGCCAAAUUAAACAUAAUACAGCCAACACGAUAGCAUUGGUUAGCAUAUUGCCACAUUGGCUCUAACCUGCAAAUCACCCUCUGAGAGCUGCUCCUCAUCUUGGGCAAAUUGGCCCUGCAGCAGACAGGAUGUCAUACAAGUCACUGAAUGGCUUGGUUGUCAUGCCUCACGGUGUGCAAUGCCAGAGGACCACAGUGGUGUUGCAGGCAAGAGAGGCAGGUCCUGAACCUCAGGAAAAGCCACGGCUGCUGCUUUCUGCUUCUUUAGUUUGGAGCUCCCCUCACAUGCGGGUCUUAAGAGAAGACUGGGGGUUAAGGAGGGCCAUGGGGGAGGGGGCUUAUCUGGCUCCCUGGAAGACUUGUGAAGUUUAGCAGAAACUGGUGGGUGGUGGGACUGGGAGCUCAGGGCUUGCCCAACCAAAGAGUAAGUAGGGCUGGCCAGGAACAUCUUUGUCCAUUGAGGCAGAAGCCCUAAGAAAGGCUAUCAAAACAUGUGGCACAGUAGCACCCAAAUGUAUUCCCUAAUUCACAAGCUGGGAUUCCUGCUUGAUGACUCUUGAGGCUUCCAACUCUACAGCAGGAGGGAGGGAAAGCAGUAGCAAAUUAAAGGGGGAAAACAAGGGAAAGAGGCAGCUUGAAAGGAGAAACAACAGCUCUCUCUACCCCUUCACCAUUUUUAAAAAAAAAAAACAGGAGGAGAGAAAAAUCAAGACUGGAAGUAAUUCACAGGGGCAGCAGAAAAACUCACAAGAACAGAGGAGCUAUGAGAAAGGGAACAGGAAUUUGGCUGAGGUCAAUGGCAAUGAAUUAACUCCUGUUUUCUUGAUACUACUGGUGCAUUUCCUGUUCUUAGUCACCAGGUGGCAGGCAGAACCCACUCAACAGCCCUUUGUCCAAAGAAAAUAUAUUGAUUCAGCACCACCGCAUGCUAGAGAUGAUCUGCAAUUUAGCAAACAAGAACUUGACUUGAUUUUUGCAUGCACAAUGAUUAAAAAGAAACCUAAGUUUGGAAACUUAUUCUGGCAUUUUUAAAUACCCUAAACGUUUUCUCUCUUUUCAGGGAUUCUCAUCAUGAUGUCCAUGUGCAGCGAAGUCCAUGUAUACGAAUACAUUCCUUCAGUCCGGCAGACCGAUCUCUGCCACUACCAUGAACUCUACUAUGAUGCGGCUUGUACCUUGGGGGCUUACCACCCGCUGCUUUAUGAGAAACUGCUGGUGCAGAGGAUGAACAGAGGCUUCCAGGAAGAUCUGUACCGGAAAGGAAAAGUGAUUUUGCCAGGGUUCAGGUCAGUGAAAUGCCCUGGAUGGAAGUGAUUCCCAUACAACACUAAGAAAGGAUAUUUCUAGAACAAAGUGCAAUAAGGUGCUGCUGUCGUACUAAUAAACAACAAAGAAAUACUUGAAAAAAACCGGAUCCUAGACCAAUCUAGUCUUGAGUCUAUAAACUGUAAUUAAGUAGCAGGCUUGGGGGAAGUCCUUGCUUCUGAGGCCUGAGUAUUUAUUAUUGCUUUGGAAAUAGGUUUUGGGGUUUGUUUUGGUUUUUUUUUUUUUUAAAAAAAAGGCUUGCUUUUUGAGAGAUGCAAACUAUGGUGAAGGUAAAAUACUGUGAGGAUAUAUGCCAGAAAUCAUCAAGCAGUUAUACCACAUGUGCCCGAUUGCAGUCCUUUAGACAAGGCAGAUUAAACACAAAGCCUAACCUAGUGAAGCAGUCCUUACAAUUAAAUAAAAGCAAACUUCAGCUAUAUUUUUCACAGCAUCUUUUAAGAUUUUCCUCUCUUCCCUCUUAUAAAAAGUGCCAGAUGUUUACUGAAUACAAUGAGCCAUGUUUUUGUUUUAUUUAAACUGUUCUGGUGGCCGAGCUUGGAACACUAACCUUAAAAGAGCUGUACUCUUUUAACAUGUGUUAAGACAUAUUUGGUCAAAUACAUAAAUUGGUAGCAUGCAUAGGAAAGGUUGAGUAGAAGACCACCACCUGGCUGUUUCAGAAAAUAGCAUAUUGAAAUUUGCUUCCGUGCCAACGUGCUGGCACCAGUGUCCAUAUUAGAACAAAGAUAUUUUCUGACCUUUUAUGUGGGACUGAAUUGCCACACAUUCAAGUACGCAGGCCUGCAGGCUGAUUCUCAUUCAUCAUGCCAUGACAACUCCCUCCAAACACCCUCAUGACAGCUACUGUAGUCAGGAUGAAAAGUCUUACCUGCGGAUGAGCCAUCAAGGGAGUAGGUUGUUGUGUGACAAUUACAACCCACAAGCAAACAACACAGCUUCUCUUUAGAAAGCAGUUGCUUUCUAAUGCUUUGUGGAUGUGUCAGGAUGCUGUCAGUGGCUCCCGGCAGUGGUUGCCCAGGAAAGUAUAAAGAUAAGGAAAAAUGUCUUACAGUCCUUUUUUAUUCCAAACUUUACAGAGAGAGGCUAUAGAACCCAGCCUCUUGGAUAAUGGUGUUGUCCCAAGUGAAUCUUCACACACCCCUAUCUCUUCCACUUCGUCAUUCCUCAUUAUCAUCAUCUCCUCUACAGGUGUCACUAAGUGCCCUCUGUCUUUGAGGUCUUUGCUCUCCUACUUUUAAGGCUCGCUGGGUUCUGGGAGAUGGUGGGUCUGGAAUGCUUUCUAGUGAUAUGUCAACCAGCUCCCCCAUUAUUUCUCAGCUUUUCCCCUCAUCUGCCUCUGAGCUGUGACCUCCCACAACCCCCCCGAUGAAAAUCUAAACUAUCUUCCUCUUCCUCCUUCCUGGAAGGUUCAGGAUGGGGAGGCGGUCUCCACCAUUCUUCUUCCCCUUCCCAGUCCCUGAUAGGAUGUUAGACUUGAGAUCUUCAGCAGCCUUUUCCAUUUUAGUUUUCUUUCGCUGCCCCAGAGCCCAGUUGCAGCGCUAUUCAGGGAAAAGUGUCAGGAAGAAAGGUUGGGGCAGAGGGCAGCAGGGAUUGUAGACUUACGAAUGUUCACUACCACUGCAGUAUUUAUUGGCAAGCCAAAUCAGGGGAAAGCGAGUGAACUGAAGAGAGGAGCUUUGGGGUUGUCAGAAAGUAGUAAGAAGAGAAGAGGGAAUUCAUCAGGUUGCCUUGUGGGCCAAAGAUGCAGUGCGGAAGUGAGAUGCCAAACCCUGUAGGUUCUUGUUGUUAAGAGCGGAGAGUCAAAAUUCUGGCCCAGAAAUAUUCAAGCAAUGCUUCUGCAUUUGCAACAUUCCCUUUCACCCCCACCCCCAAGUUUCUAGCAAUAGGAUUCUACUUCUAGGUCUUAAGAAUGUAAAGACGAUUUAGCUGGAUCAAGCUUGAAGGCCUAUCUCAUCUUGCACUCUGGUUCCAGCAGUGGUCAAUUAGAUGCCUCUACAGAGGUUUGCAAGAAAGGCAUAAAGGCAGUGGGCUUCCUCUGUCGCUUGUCCCCAGCCUCUUGACGUUGACAAUAUCUCCAAACACAAAGCAUCCAUUGGGCUGCUGUGUCAACCUGCCUGUAUGUCACUUAUCUGCCUGUCUAAUCUUGUUUCCGAAGGUGGUGUUCAUCUUCCACAUCUUAUUUUUCCCCCAACAAUUUUUUUUUUUUUUAAGUGAUGAGUUCCAUAAUUUAAUUCAAAGGAGGAUGGAUCAGGUCACCUACAUAAGACUCCUGUCAAAUGUAAACUCUCCUUUCUCUUGCAAAAGACUGCUGACUACCGGCAGAGAUGUUCUAUAAUCUUUCACCUUGUUGUCAUGCAAGGAUAGCCCUCCAGACGUUGGGAGUGCAGCUUCCUUCAUUCCUUCCUGUUGGCCAUGUUGGGUGGGGCUGAUGGGAGCUACCGUCCAACAACAUAUAGAGAUACACAUGUUCCUCAUCCCUGUUGUGUUUGCUCAAUCAGAAGUAUCCCAGUAAAGGAAAAUAUAGUGCACAUAUCUCAUUGGUUAGGCUCUUUAAAAAAAAAUUUACCCAGCUGGGUUGAGAGAGAGAGAAUUUGCAUCCGUGCUUGUAUGCAUAUGUUUCUGCUGUAUUCUUAACAAUAACCACCUGCCUGAGGCAUAAUUCAGUUUAAACAAAUAAUUGUGUUGGGUUCAACAUAAUUUAACCAUGGCUUAACUUAACAUCCUAUUUGUUUCAGUGGGAGCUAAUCUCAAUAUUGCUAACACAGCAACACACACCAAAUACUGGAUCAUAGGAGUCAAUUCCUAGGAGCCGAGGUCCCUUCGCCACACCCCAUAAAAUAUCGGAGGGGGCUGGGCCCCACCCAAAGUUGAUGGGCAUUGCCAUUCAUAUGGUGUGUGUGUGCCAUGCCAUGUGAUCCAUUAUGUGGGGUGGGGCUUGCCUAGGGUCCCCAAUAUUUUAUUCAAGUUGGCCCCCCUAUACUGGAUACUUUUCUUAAUAGUGCCAGUUUUAUCUAAGGGUUCAGUUGCUUGGACAUUCCUUCAAGAACCUUAAAUUAGUGGUGGCCAUGUGGUAUCUUCUUAAAUGUAACUUAGAAGCACUGCUUGUCUCCAAACUGAGGUCUGGUACAAACCCAGGGAUGCCACCACAGAUCCUGAGUCAACCUUCCAACGAAGUCUGGUUUUCCCUCUCGCCAUUUAAGUUCUCCUAACUCAACCACCUUCGCAAUUGAAACUGUAGUUGUUUAUUCCACUGACUUCAGCAGGGUUCGAAUUGGAAACUUUAAAAAUAUUAUUAUCGGUUCAUCUUCUGAUAAGUGUUCACUUUGCAAAAUUCCACAGAUGAAGAAUAAUGCAUUUUACUUCAGUGUUGAAGGGAGAUGAGAGGGGAAGAGGAAGAAACAGGAGGGGAACUUCCGAUUUUGUUUUUUAAAAGUUGCAAGUGAAAGAAAUAAAGAAAGCAUUAGCAAGUGAUAGCUGAUUGAAAGUUCAGACUGUUCAGUUUAAGACAGUAAAUGAAUGUGUAUUAGAUGUUAAAUAGAAUUUUGUAUGUUUUUAGGCCACCUUAUUAUAUAUAUAUAUAGAUAGAUAUAUAUAUAACAGUGCAUUUUUAAUCUAUAUCAGAAUUAUAAAUGUUCAGUAAAUGUCUGCAACUCCUACUUGAAGUCAGUGAGAAAUCUCACUUUAAAAAAGUAUGAAGUCUGUUUAAGCCUUUGCUUCUUCUUUUUACCAGUUUAAAAAAACAAAAAGCAAGGGUUGCUGGGAGAAGUUAGUUUUGAUUGGCAUAAAUAUGUUGAAAGCUUCACACUUUCUCUGCACUGAUGGCUGUACAGUUGAAAAGUUGCACUCAACACCUUGGGUAAAGCAUACUUGUUUUCUGUUGUUAUUAUUAUCUGUCAUGAUCUACACUUUCCACUGUGAAUUUUUUAAUGUGGUGCUCUCUUAAUUUUUUAUGCAUAACGCCUUCAGAAGGUCACUUGGAGGUGUUCUCAUGUUUGUUACAGGGAAAUUGAUCUAUAAGCUGUUGAGCCAAUCUUUGUUUUGCUAGCAAAAACAAAACGUUCAUCUUUUGUUGUUUCUUCCAUGUGUGACUUGGAGGCAUAGCCAGGUACUUGCUUCACCUUCUCAGUUUUCCCCCUCCGCUUCCUACCAGAGUUACUCUUGUUGAGUUCAAAAGCACUGAAUGUGGCACUGGGCACAAAAUCCAGCUUCCAGCGACUUUUACCAUUUUAUUUUUUUAAAAAAAGAGGUGCUUUGUAGCCUAUGUGGCUGGCAAAAAUACCCCAACAGUGUUGAGUAUUGCCACCUCCAAACUCAUAGAAGUCAGAGGCAGUGCUUUAAAAAAUAUUAUAGGAGCCUAGGGCAAGGCUUCAAGUACCCAGUUUUCUUCCUUGCAGAAUCAGAUUAAAAAUAUGGAAAUUAAGAAAAUCAUGCACCCUUGUUUAAUUAGCUGACACACAAAUCACAGUAUCCAGCUUUUCUCUGCACAGAAUCCAGAUUAUUUUGCAGGCCAAUUCCCCCCCCCCCCCCGCACAUAUUCUUUUGCUCAAAGGAAGGUAAGUUCCACUGUCUUCAAAUGGAUCCUGCUCCCUACAGGUGCAUAUAAGACUGCAACCCUCACAUGGCACCUGGGAGUAAGCCCCAUUAAACUCAGUGAGGCUUACUUUCAAGUAGUUAUAGGAUAGUUCCGUCAAUUAGCCUUGUGGCAAUCGCACGGCUGGUUGGGAGAUGGGAAGUGCCUAGUUUCCACUGAAUUGCGUAAAUAGCAAUCCUAACCCCACUUAUCUUGGAGUAAGCCCUAUUGAAUUCACUAGGGCUUACUUCUGAGUAGGCUUGGUUAGGGUAUGGCCACAACAGCUCUGCCCACCCCCCACGCCAGACAAAAUACUUAAAUUGUGACACCCUAUUGCCGUCGAGUAGGCCCUGUGGCGGUGUGAGCUCUCAUCCCUAAGUCAGAGGAAACAUUUAUGGGUGUUACGCUCAUCAAGCAAAAAUAUUUGAAGUGUUAGUAAUGAAAGCUGCAAAAUGCUCCACACUUGUUAAAAAUCACCCUUUCUAAAGUGGAUCAUUAAAUAUAAAUGGAGGUUUUUGAAAAUAUUGCCCUAAAUAAUUCUUAGUACUUGGGAAAAAAAUCUAGCUAGGAGUUCUUCUUUUGAUUUUGUUCAACAAGGUUUUUCUAUCCCUAAAUUGAACUCUGACUUCAUUAAUUUCAGAGUGCCCUGUCUUGGACAGAUUGCAAUCCAUAAUUUUCUUAACAAGUUCCCCUUCGUUCUAUCUCUCACACAAACUAUACUAGGGUAGUUUUACAUGUGCUGAAAUUGAAGACAGAUAAGGUUAUGACUGGGCUUUCCACAUUUUCUUCUUAAAUUUUUUGAAAGUUCAGCUGCUUACAUGGCAUGCAAAAGUUGAGUAAUGAUCAAGUGCACCUAUGGAAGGAAGGAUGGGAUAUAAAAAUAAAUGGUGAUGAUUGUAUUUAUUUAUUUAUUUUUAAAAAGUAACCAACUUCUUUCCCUCCCUUAUACUUUGCAAUUUGAAGAUAGAAUACUGAAAAUGUCGUGAAAUUACAGGGACAUUUCAAUGAAUUUUAAAAUCUCAUAUAGAGACAUUUGCAGCCAUAAAACUGCAGCUUUCUGUGCAGAGAGAACAUCUGGAUUAACUGUUUAUAUAAGUACCUCAUGUCUAUUGAAGGUUUAUUUAAAUAACCGCCCUGAGAGCUUUGUGAUGAAAGGUGGUGUAUGAAUUGAAUUAAUUAAAUAAAAAUAAAACACAUUUUUAUAUCGCAGAUUUCCACUCUGUAACAUGGCAACAUAAUUCGAACCUCUGUUGUUACAUGACCAGCUGUGUACAUGCCUUAUAUUCACACAUAUCAUCUCAUUUUCUAAAGCUGUAGUCGCCGAGCUACUCAAAUAGAAGACUGUGUACUUUUUAAAUAGCCUUGAGAAUUAUUUUGUAUGAUAAUUUUUUAAGUGAAUGUGCACUCUUCAAGAAACGAAAGCUUGAGAUUUUCCAGGAGUCGCAUUUUUAAAAACAGUGUUUGUAUACAUUUUAACACUUUUGUAUUUUCUAUUUUGGUUUUAUAUAUUUUUAUGUAUGCACAGUGUACAGAUUUUUCUUGUAAAUAAAGUUUGUUUGUUUUUUU